AUGGCUGGAGCCGGUACGCCGGGGCCCAGGACUCCAAUGCAUGUGGAUAAGGCGGUAGUAUUGGCUAGUAUGUUGUGUUGGAGACGUAGCUUAGGAGGGAGGAAGGGGGGGGGGGGGGGGGGGGGGGGGCAGAGUGUGUUGUAUAAUUGACUGAUUUAUUCUUCCAAGAGUGGAGGGAUCGCGGACACAAAAACGUGAGAGGAAAGUACACGGUGUAAUCGGGGCACAACGUAGACUACAAAUCCGUGAAAAUGCGGAAGAGGAGACGCACAGCCUCCACCCACCGUCCGGCCAAAGAUGGUUUAGUAUGGUAGGCAUCACUGCACUCAAAUGACCCAUUAAAAAAAGGACGGCUCUUCACGCAUUAUCUUACCAAGCCUGGGUGAGAGAGGGCAUAGAGAGAAAUAGUAUUGGCAUCUUUUUAUAUGCGAUAACUCUGCCAUGGUUCGUUGGACCAAGCCUAUGAGGCAAAUUAAUGGCGUUUUUGUAAUAAAAAAAUUAUAAACACCAAAACUAAGAACUGUGGUAAACACAGACUUCGGAGAUCUUAUACGUUUUGUUCUAUGACAUAAUCUUUAAACAGCUAACGUAACUUUUUGUGAAUUUUGAAUAAUGUAAUAAUAAAAAACACAUAAAAUAUUCAUAAUUCAAAAAGGUAAUGUUAACUGACGGUAUUAUGUCAUAGAACAUAACGUAUAAACUCUCCUAAGCCUGUGUAAACAUGUUAUUCUUUCCGCAUUCAUUUUCCCCAAAGGGAUGGCUGAACGAACCUAGCGACAUUAAGGUCAAGUGAUCAUACAGGCUACAUUUCCAAAUAAAAGACCCUCUGAUUUUUUUUUUAACUUGACUUAAAGGAUAUAUUUCUGAUUUAAAAUCACAAAGUUUAAAGUGACUUAAACAUACAUUUAUUGAAGAAAAAACCCCAAUAUAUUAUUGAAAUCAAUAAACAAAGAUUGCCCUAUACUUCUUCAUAGGUUCCUGCCUUCUGAGGAGUUUUUCUUAGCCAGUGUGUUUCUGCAUUGCUUGCUCUUUUGUGUUUUUGGCUGAGUAUCUGUAAAGCACUUUGAAGAGCUUUAUAAAAUAAAUGUGAUUGGUUGAUUAGUCUACACAUGUUUGCUUCUGUACCAUUUAAACUAAAGAAGGCAUAGCACUCUACAGCUAUUUGCUACUGUACUGUUCGUUCUACAGUGAGGGAAAAAAGUAUUUGAUCCCCUGCUGAUUUUGUACGUUUGCCCACUGACAAAGAAAUUAUCAGUCUAUAAAGUUAAUGGUAGGUUUAUUUGAACAGUGAGAGACAGAAUAACAACAAAAAAAUCCAGAAAAAAAGUGUAUUUUAUACAGGUAACGAGCUGAGAUUAGGAGCACACUCUUAAAGGGAGUGCUCCUAAUCUCAGCUUGUUACCUGUAUAAAAGACACCUGUCCACAGAAGCAAUCAAUCAAUCAGAUUCCAAACUCUCCACCAUGGCCAAGACCAAAGAGCUCUCCAAGGAUGUCAGGGACAAGAUUGUAGACCUACACAAGGCUGGAAUGGGCUACAAGACCAUCACCAAGCCGCUUGGUGAGAAGGUGACAACAGUUGGUGCGAUUAUUCGCAAAUGGAAGAAACACAAAAGAACUGUCAAUCUCCCUCGGCCUGGGGCUCCAUGCAAGAUCUCACCUCGUGGAGUUGCAAUGAUCAUGAGAACGGUGAGGAAUCAGCCCAGAACUACACGGGAGGAUAUUGUCAAUGAUCUCAAGGCAGCUGGGACCAUAGUCACCAAGAAAACAAUUGGUAACACACUACGCCAUGAAGGACUGAAAUCCUGCAGCGCCCGCAAGGUCCCCCUGCUCAAGAAAGCACAUAUACAGGGCCGUCUGAAGUUUGCCAAUGAACAUCUGAAUGAUUCAGAGGAGAACUGGGUGAAAGUGUUGUGGUCAGAUGAGACCAAAAUCGAGCUCUUUGGCAUCAACUCAACUCGCCGUGUUUGGAGGAGGAGGAAUGCUGCCUAUGACCCCAAGAACACCAUCCCCACCGUCAAACAUGGAGGUGGAAACAUUAUGCUUUGGGGGUGUUUUUCUGCUAAGGGGACAGGACAACUUCACAGCAUCAAAGAGACGAUGGACGGGGCCAUGUACCAUCAAAUCUUGGGUGAGAACCUCCUUCCCUCAGCCAGGGCAUUGAAAAUGGGUCGUGGAUGGGUAUUCCAGCAUGACAAUGACCCAAAAUACACGGCCAAGGCAACAAAGGAGUGGCUCAAGAAGAAGCACAUUAAGGUCCUGGAGUGGCCUAGCCAGUCUCCAGACCUUAAUCCCAUAGUAAAUCUGUGGAGGGAGCUGAAGGUUUGAGUUGCCAAACGUCAGCCUCGAAACCUUAAUGACUUGGAGAAUAUCUGCAAAGAGGAGUGGAACAAAAUCCCUCCUGAGAUGUGUGCAAACCUGGUGGCCAACUACAAGAAACGUCUGACCUCUGUGAUUGCCAACAAGGGUUUUGUCACCAAGUACUAAGUCAUGUUUUGCAGAGGGGUCAAAUACUUAUUUCCCUCAUUAAAAUGCAAAUCAAUUUAUAACAUUUUUGACAUGCGUUUUUCUGGAUUUUUUUGUUGUUAUUCUGUCUCUCACUGUUCAAAUAAACCUACCAUUAAAAUUAUAGACUGAUCAUUUCUUUGUCAGUGGCCAAAUGUACAAAAUCAGCAGGGGAUCAAAUAUUUUUUUCCCCUCACUGUAUGUGCAUUCGGAAAAGUAUUCAGACCCCUUGAAUUUUUCCACAUUUUGUUACGUCACAGCCUUAUUCUAAAAUUGAUUAAAUAGUUUUUUCCCCUCAUCAAUCUACACACAAUACCCCAUAAUGACGAAGCAAAAACAGUUUAUUAUUUUUUUGUUGCAAAUGUAUAAAAAAUAAAAAACGAAAUAUCACAUUUGCAUAAGUAUUCAGACCCUUUACUCAGUACUUUGUUGAAGCACCUUUGGCAGUGAUUACAACCUUGAGUCUUCUUGGGUAUGACACUACAAGCUUGGCACACCUGUAUUUGGGGAGUUUCUCCCAUUCCUCUCUGCAGAUCCUCUCAAGCUCUGUCAGGUUGGAUGGGGAGCGUCGCUGCACAGCUAUUUUCAGGUGUCUCCAGAGAUGUUUGAUCGGGUUCAAGUCCGGGCUCUGGCUGGGCCACUCAAGGACAUUCAUAGUCUUGUCCCGAAGCCACUCCUGCGUUACUUGGCUGUGUGCUUAGGGUUGUUGUCCUGUUGGAAGGUGAAUCUUCGCCCCAGUCUGAGGUCCUGAGCGCUCUGGAGCAGGUUUUCAUCAAGGAUCUCUCAGUACUUUGUUUCGUUAAUCUUUUCCUCGAUCCUGACUAGUCUCCCAGUCCCUGCCACUGAAAAACAUCCCCACAGCAUAUGACGCUGCCACCAACAUGCUUCACCGUAGGGAUGGUGCCAGGUUUCCUCCAGAUGUGACCCUUGGCAUUCAGGCCAAAGAGUUCAAUCUUGGUUUCAUCAGACCAGAGAAUCUUGUUUUUCCUGGUCUGAGAGUCUUUAGGUGCCUUUUGGCAAACUCCAAGUGGGCUGUCAUGUGCCUUUUACUGAGGAAUGGCUUCCGUCUGGCCACUCUACCAUAAAGGCCUGAUUGAUGGAGUGCUGCAGAACCAUCGGGUUCUUGGUCACCUCCCUGACCAAGGUCCUUCUCCCCCGAUUGCUUAGUUUGGCAGAGCGGCCAGCUCUAGGAAGAGUCUUGGUGGUUCCAAACUUCUACCAUUUAAGGAUGAUGGAGGCCAUUGUGUUCUCGGGGACCUUCAAUGCUGCAGACAUUUUUUGGUACCCUUCCCAAGAUCUAUGCCUCGACACAAUCCUGUCUCGGAGCUCUACGGACAAUUCCUUCGACCUCAUGGCUUGGUUUUUGCUCUGACAUGCACUGUCAACUGUGGGACCUUAUUAAAAACAGGUGUGUGCCUUUCCAAAUCAUGUCCAAUCAAUUGAAUUUACCACUGGUGGACUCCAAUCAAGUUGUAGAAACAUCUCAAGGAUGAUCAAUGGAAACAGGAUGCACCUGAGCUCAAUUUAGAGUCUCAUAGCAAAGGCUCUGAAUACUUAUGUAAAUAAGGUGUUUCUUUUUUCAUUUGUUUUGUAAUACAUUUUCAAAAAAAUGUUAAAAUCUGUUUUUGCUUUUGUCAUUAUGGGGUGUUGGGUGUAGAUUGAUGAGGAAAAAUUAGAUUUUAUCAAUUUUAGAAUAAGGCUGUAACGUAACAAAAUGUGGAAAAAGUCAAGGGGUCUGAAUACUUUCCGAAUGCACUGUAAGUUGUCUCCAAUAAAGGGGGUGAUUUGGAAUCCUCAGAGACUGUUCUAAAAGGAUCUGUGUCAUAUCAUGAAGAUUUGCAUCAUUAUGGUCUAUUUUCAGCGAAAAGCUACGGCCACCGCUGACAAAAAUAGCAAUUUUCAAUGGAGACCUCUUUUACAGCACUAUACAGCUAUGUUCUACUGUUCUGUUAAUUCUAUUAACCAGAGUGGGAUCUUAUGGCCCAUUUUUAACAGAGAAAUUGGCAUAGUAGGCAAUGUAACCAAUCACAGCCCUCCUUUUACUUGCACAUCCUGCAAAUCACCAGCAGAGGUUGAACACUUUGAAUCCAUUUCCACAUUCACUCUGUUGUUAAUACAUACAAUUUGGAUUAUAACUCUAAAAGUAGCAGAUUUCGCACUCUGGAACUUUGAUUUUUGCAUUGGCAAAAAUGAUGGAGCAUUUUAAUUUUAUGCAUAUUCUUUCCCUCUGAUCAUACACUAUUGGACAGCAUCCUGAAUACUUUUACAGUAAGUACAGAGCUCAUCAUUGAGUGGGGAAGGUGUUUACAUUUCCGUAUUUCUCUAUAUUUUGCGGUACAUGAACCCUUUUCCAUUUCUGGAUUUGAACAUUGAAAAUAAUAGUUCCACGACAGAUACUAUGAUAUUGUUCCAAUACUGUUAGUAUUGUUCUGUCUCUGUAUGGCUGGGUACAUAGUUGGUAUAUUGAUUCAGUAAUACAGAAGUCCGUUUGGUCCCAGAGGCAGAUCUCAAUGCUAUGAUAACCAAGUUACCCUGAAUAAAUGAAUUAUUGAAUAAAUGAAUAGAAUAAAUGAAUUAUUUUCUGAAUAAAACAAGAAUGAAAAAAGAACAAGAUGUGCUUGUCAUUAUUUUAUUUUAACUUUACAUUAUACAUGGUAUUAUAAUAGGUCACUGGUGAAUACAGACACUAUUUUCUUAUUUCUACCCACAUUUCUACCCAACACUUUUGAACCAUGUAAUAAUUAAUCAGAUACAUGUGCUUUCUGUCCAAUUGAUGUAAACUUUCCACACAAAUAUUUAUUUGAAAAAGUUAAAGACCUGCACAGUGUAGGUCUGUUGUUUUAACAAUGUAAUAACGAUUUAUAAUGUUAUAUGUGUCCAUAACCGUCAAUAACAGUCUAUAGCAGUGUAACAUAACUGUUUAUAACAAUGUACAGCACAACUACUAUUCUCCCGAGUGGCGCAGUGGUCACUAGAGAUCCUGGUUCGAAUCCAGGCUCUGAUGUGACCGGGAGACCCAUGGGGUGGCGCACAAUUCGUCCAGGGUAGGGAAGGGAAUGGCCGGCAGGGAUGUAGCUGAGUUGGUAGAGCAUGGCGUUUGCAACGCCAGGGUUGUGGGUUCGUUUCCCACGGGGGGCCGGUAUGAAAAAAUAAAAAUAAAAUAAUGUUUGCACUCACUAACUGUAAGUCGCUCUGGAUAAGAGCGUCUGCUAAAUGACUAAAAUGUAAAUGUAACUACCAAUCCAUUGAUUCCUUUCAAGAGCAUAAACUUUGUUUCUGAAUCCACAGACCCCUUACUGGGCGCAGCAUGGGGGACAGCGCCAUCUAGUGCAAUGGAAAUGGAAACUAUUAUUCCAGAAGACUAUUGAACUUUCAAAAAUUAAUUAAAUUUCAGCUCAUUAAUAUUUAACAUUGUUUUUUAAUACACAUUUCGAUGUCACCUUAUUAACAUAACAUUAAUUACGUUUUUGAACAUUUACUGAUUGCAUAUUUUAUUUCAUUUAGCCCAGUAGAUUUAAUUUCUUCCGGUAAGGGACCUCCCAUGCACAUGCACCCAAUACAUUAUGCUCAUAACAAGCCCGGCCCUGGACGUUCUGCCACCCUAGGCGAGACAAGAAAUUCUGCACACCUCCUAGCCUUGCUAAACUAGAAUAGGCUAGUGUACAGCAGGGGUCCCCCAUAGGUUUGGCCUCGGGCCAAUUUUUCUCUCCGCUAAUAGUUGGCAGAACAUAAUAGUGGCCCAAUUCAUAGGCAAAUUAAACAAAAAUGUUAACACAUCUGGUAGGCUAUAUAAUCAGUUCAAUGUCAAUAACAUAUUCUAAUAUUUUCAAUCUGAUUACACCAAUAUCACCAAUGUCUCUAUUAAAUUCCUUUUGUAUAUUUCUGUGUGUUGAUUGGGGAAAAACAGCUUGCAAUGCAGAGAAAAGUUCGCUCUGAAAAAGUCUCAAAAGAAAGCUGGAUAAUGAAAAUAUAAGUUUCAGGGAAGAAUGGACAGCAUAAUAGACAUUCUUACCAUAUUUUUCCAAUGUCAAACCAGAGUGUCUUGUUUGCAACGAAACGGUUGUCAAAAUGCCACCCUUGUCUAACCGCUGCUCUAGGCGGCUGCCUAAUCCUGCCUAAUGGGCGUGCCGACCAUGGGGCCUAAUCAUAGUUUUAUAUUUAGAAUCCACUCUCUCAUCAGCCCAGCCAGGCAAUUUAUAAACUUGAUCUCCAAGAUUAAAAGCAUCUAGACAUUAUCUCACAUUUCUUUUAGAUUAACAUUUAGUUUUCAACAGCAGAGAUUUGUAUAAGCCUUGCUGUCUGUCUCGUCGACAUUUACAACAUUGUUUCAAUAUUCAAUUUCGAUCUCCAGCUGUCCCAUAGCAAUGAACGUGUCGGGAGUCGGGGUGAGACAGACAGGUAGGCAGCCUUUCUCAGCUAGUCGAAAUCAUGAUUCAGCAUAAUUUUUAUGGAUAUAUACAAAGAACUAUCAAUAGAAAACAGGUAAAACGAAAUGAAGUGCAGCUAGUUUGAACUUUCCAGCUUCAGUUUGAAGUGAUUGUGUUAGCUGUGUUGUUGGCUAGCUUUUGAACAACAGUGUCCUGACGAGAGAUAAAAUAAUCUAUGCCAGAUGAAAUCGCACAUCAUUAGCUCAUUGUUAUGGAUGUAUCCAAAUAAAUGUCACUAAACAAAUACAAAAGCAGCUACUUCUUUGUUAUUCUGGCUGCACUGUUUGACAUGACUGUAAGUUAGCCGUAGUUGGCUAGCUAGCAAGCAAGGGAUAAGAACGUUGGCAGCCAGUAUGGCAAUGGAACAGUUAGAACGAACGACUGGGUCGCGUCCAUAGAUACAGAACAAAAAGACUGAACGACUGGGAACCGAACAAAUGACCAGCUGGCUUGGGUAGCAACCCUAUAUUUGUGUCGGGUCUUUAUCUUGUGGAAGGAUGAAAUAGUAUGAAUAAAUUCAAUAAAAUAACAUUUUUAAGGAAAAUAUGUCAUUCAUUAUUUUAAUAUGUUGUUAACCCGUUGUAUAAAAGUAAUAAUACCUUCGAAGCUGGUGUUUGGAGGAUAUGUUGGCACAGUUUUCCGGCCCUCGACUUGGGCUCGGGCCUAACAACACCCAUUCCAAUAUAUCCUCCAAACACUGGCUUCUCUGUAGCUCAAUUGGUAGAGCAUGGUGCUUGUAACGCCAGGGUAGUGGGUUCGAUCCCCGGGACCACCCAUUCGUAAAAAUGUAUGCACACAUGACUGUAAAUCGCUUUGGAUAAAAGCGUCUGCUAAAUGGCAGAUUAUAUUAUUAUCACUUAAAUAACCACUAGAACUCAACAGUAAGCCUCAAUACCUACUAAAAUAGCAUGGAAAAGAGAGGGUAGGAUCAGAGAAAAAUAACGCUUCUUGAAACAGGAAAAAUAUACUACAAUUUGCGAUCUUGUGUUCAAGUAACGGAGGACUUUUAUUUUGAAGCUUUUUGAUCGAUUUAGACCCAUUAAUGUUGCUUAAUGCCGCUGAUUUCAUGGAGCUGUUAGAGUCCAUGUAGCCUACAGCGGUCGUCACUACCACAGCCACAAAGUCAUAAACCCCUCCUAUUUCUCAAAUGUAUCUUCUUAAAAUCUGAUUUUAAACCUAACCCUAACCAUACUGCUAACCUUAUGCCUAACCUUAAAUUAAGACCAAAAAGCAGAUUUUUGUUUUCAUAAAUUAUUACAAUAUAGCCCAUUUUGACUUUGUGGCUGUGGUAACUAGUGACAACCGCCUACAGCAGGUGAUCUAUUCUAUUGUAUACGGUUAUGUACUCAACAGCAGGGGAGGUACCAGAAGGGGGGCCGGGGUGGCACCAGCCCCUCCUGAUAUAUGAUUGGCCACCCUUGUGUGCCAAUUUUAAAUGCUAUUUCUGAUACAAUUUGCAGAUUUUCCAUGGCCACCCAUGACUGGUUCUUGGUCCGCCCAUUAGAAUAUUCCUAGAAAUGCUCCUGUUCAACAGUGAGGCAUUGGUCUAGCUAUGGCUGUCCAUGAUCCACCAACAACAGCUCCAACGCCCUCCACAUUCAUCCAGCACAUGUUUUGAUGGAUUUCAACUUGAGGUAUCUUGAAUGGAGGGCUGAGGCUUUAACAUGGAAAUAGGCAGACAUACUAUCCAAAUUCAAUAGUCACACACACACACACACACACACACACAGUCUCUAAUUUCCUUCCUCCUUCAGCUUCUCUUUUCUCUCUGGAAUUAUUAACAAAGAGGUGAAGCAAUAUUGGUUAGAAAACCACUUUAAAUCAUGCACCUUUUAUUAACGGUUUAUAAAGGGUUUAUAAAGCCUUUAUAGACUUAGCAAUAGGUUCAUUAUAGAUAUGGUCUGGGCCUGUACCUCCUUCUAACCACUAGAUGGUAGGCACGGAUUUUCCUGAAAAUGUAAAGAAGAACCCCAAUGGAUUUCAAUGUACACUCCGGGCCCCAUUGUCUCUGACAGGUGGAAUCAUUUUAACAUGACGCAUCUCAAAUGAACAUCAAUGCAAACAUGAAGAGUCAUUGCUUUAUCUGAUGUGAAACAACGCUCCAGGCCCUAGUUUUAUGGCCCUAUCAAUGACCCAACACAUGAAACUACAACCACAUAUCAUCAUGUCAUCCCAGAUAGCAUCUCCAUCAACAUACUGAUUUAAAUUAGUAUCAACUCCACCUCAAGGAAAACAAAAGCCAGAAUUCCCUAAUUUCCUCUUAGACUAAAUGUUCUUGCCACCGAACUGGAGGGUCUGGAUAGUGGGUCCUGGCAGAAAAAGUUGGUGCAGGGCAUUUUCACAACACACACAGACACACACACACACACACACACACACACACACACACACACACACACACACACACACAGUGUGAGUAUCAACAUUUACAUUCAUAGUAUAUGAAUGCCAGGUGCCAGGACGAGAACCUCUCCCUCAAUGUGAGCAAGACAAAGGAUCUGAUCGUGGACUACAGGAAAAGGAGGGCCGAACACGCCCCCAUUAACAUCGACAGGGCUGUAGUGGAGCGGGUCGAGAGUUUCAAGUUCCUUGGUGUCCACAUCACCAACAAACUAUCAUGGUCUAAACACACCAAGACAGUCGUGAAGAGGGCACGACAACACCUUUUCCCCCUCAGGAGACAGAAAAGAUUUGGCAUGGGUCUCCAGAUCCUCAAAAAGUUAUACAACUGCACCAUCGAGAGCAUCCUGACCGGUUGCCUCACUGCCUGGUAUGACAACUGCUCGGCAUCUGACCGUAAGGCGCUACAGAGGGUAGUACGUAUGGCCCAGUACAUCACUUGGGCCAAGCUUCCUUCCAUCCAGGACCUAUAUACUAGGUGGUGUCAGAGGAAAGCCCAAAAAUGUGUCAAAGACUCCAGUCACCGAAGUCAUAGACUGUUCUCUCUGCGCCAAGUCUACGACCAAAAGGCUCCUUAACAGCUUUCCCCCCCAAGCCAUAAGACUGCUGAACAAUUAAUCAAAUGGCCACCCAGACUAUUUACAUUGACACCCCCCCCCCCCCCACCCGCUGUCUAUUAUCUAUGCAUAGUCACUUUACCCCUACCUACAUGUACAAAUUACCUUGACUAACCUGUACCCCCACACAUUGACUCGGUACCGGUACCCCCUGUAUAUAGCCUCGUUAUUGUUAAUUUAUUGUGUUACUUUUUAUAAUUUUUUACUUUAGUUUAUUUGGUAAAUAUUUUCUUAAGUCUUUCUUGAACUGCAUUGUUGGUUAAGGGCUUGUAAGUAAGCAUUUCACGGUAAGGUCUACACCUGUUGUAUUCGGCGCAUGUGACAAAUAAAGUUUGAUUUGAUUUGAUAGUACAUACUCUACAAUACAUGCAUUUACAUGCAGACAAAUAAAGGAAAACAGGCUUCAUCUCAUCUCUGCCUGUUACACUGAUAACUGGGCACUAUGAAGCACCUUAUUUAUUGAGAGAGAGGCCACUAGGGAGCCGGCGCCACAGUUUAUUUAUGGAGCUCACAGACUAGUGAAGUAGCAGCACUGCCCCAGGCCAUCACUCUGGAGCAACACAUCAGUAAAACAGAAUCUAGAGCUCAGUGCACCACCCAGCAGUCUACUGAUUCAUUUGUAAAAUCUCAAUAUCCCCAUGCAUAUUUAAUGACCCGGCAAAUAAAGAGAGUCCCACUGGAAAAAGGUGGGCUAGUGGGGCUUGCCCGUACCAGUUAAAUAAGCAUGUAGUUAGGGAAACCCCCAUAAAGGUGUCAUUUGGUGUGGCUGAAUAGAUCCACAUGCCGGUAAGUGUAUACCUGCAGAGUAGUAUGACACUGGCGAUGGCUAGCUACAGUAUCUCUGUCUGAAUAGCUCACAGCUCUGUUGCUGCUGACAGCUAAUCCAAAUGAUAGUCCAAUGGAAAAGCUGCCAAAGAAUGGGAGUGGUGUACCGGGAACAUGAUUAUAGUUGAGUCUUACGUUUCACCUGCGCACAUCUUUCACCACAGCAGCCACGCUACUCUUGUCUCUCUUUGAAUGCGGCUUGUCAAUAUUUAAUCAUUCAUCCACUGGGUUAGUAUCAGAUGAACAUGGUUGGCUGAGGAGGUGGGGCUGAAGGGCUGUGAGCUAAUGAGGGAACGGGGGUGGACUUUAGGAGGGGAGGCAGACAGGUACCCCCGCCCCUCCACGCAAUGAGUGGUGGAGCUAUCAGAAGGCGAGGAAUGCAAAGGGGGCUGUUCAGUCCUACUCCACCUACCCACACACAGCUCACCAUGCCAAGAUACUGAGGUGAUGGACUGUACUCUUUCACCCUCCCUCCCUCCCUCCCUCCCUCCCUCCCAGUAUCUCUCUCCCACUGAACCUUCUGGAGGUGACGUGACGUGACGUGACCCAUGCAAUGCUAGGAGUUCUAUCUGGUGCCUUGGACCUAUCUGGUGCCAUCUUCACACCCUUAGCCUGAACACGACCAGCCUCCACCUCCGCCUAGCCAUUCCUCAUUGUGCUCAUCACCCCCUUGUCUCCCAGUCUGAUCCCCUGGUCUCGCCAGAGAGGAGCAGACAGCAUAAGCCCAUUUCACAUCUGAGGAACGUCUGAGGGACCCGUGGCACCACACAAAGGAGGAUCCAGCCCCAUGGCGCAUAAGAACUCAGGAAGGAUGAGCAUCCACAUCUAGCAGAUUUUUUUUGUCUUUUUCAGAGCAAAGUGUGCAAGAAAUAGGGGGAGAGACAUACGCCUGUGAAAUAAAGAGAGGGAACAGGACAGGGAGAAGCGGGGGAGAAUGCCUUUUGGGGGGUUUUCAGGGCUGAAGGAGCGGGUUCUGAAACCAGGGAAGGAGGAGGUGAAGAAUACAGUAGGAGACGGUCUGGGGAACCUGCAGAGGUGAGUCUGGGACUGUCUGGAAGUGAUGGAGGAACUGGGAUUGUAUAGGUGUGAAUCCCUACUCUCUGACUGAGAGAUGUGUGUGACUCAAUGGGGGUGAAAGCGCGGCACAGUGCAGGUUUGAUAUCUACUUAUAGCAAUAGAUCUGAUAAUUUCACAUAAGUGUGUUGUAAGAUACUAUUUCGGUGGACUUGUAGGUAUUGUAUCUUAGUUAUCUUAUUGUAUUUAAGGAUCUUUAUAUAGCUUGGUCAAAGUUCUAAUCCAAAUUAUAGUCCUAUAGGCUAGAAUAAAAAAAUCAGUAUAUUCACUGGUAAACAUUGUAGUGCUAUAAUCCCAAACAUAGAUCAUUUGAUCAAAAUUCUAUAAUCUAUUAACAAAGCCAGUGGUGGGGACCAGGAGGAUUGAAGAGCCUUAGAGGCAGAACAUGAAGCUCACCAUGUACUGUACCCAGAGAUCCCAGAGAUAACUAAAUAUUUGAUUAUUUUGCUUGCCAGGCAAUCCCAGUGACGUAGUCCCAGGUUUUAUUUUAAGACAUUAUGAUACAUAUUUCACAAGGGGAGGACGAUGAAUAUGGAACUUCCACAUAAGAGGUAGAUUGUUGUCUUAAAAUAGAUAAACCGAGUAAGUGGGCAAUUUCCUGUGAAAGGGAAUUUUGCAUGUUGAGAGCCAGAAUGCUCACUGUGCAGUCUGAAAUAGAACAAGAGAAAGCCAAACAGUGUGAACAGUUGAUUGAUUAUUUCAGAAUCUCCAAUACGAAAUUGUAUAAAGAAGGUGAACUGGACAUAUUUAUCCAACAAGCUAUUUUCAUGUAUCUAAGGAUUGUAAUAUCAGUACACUGAAAAUGUGUUUUCAUUCCAAUUGUGUCCAUCUGUGGUCAGCUUACUUUCUAUUUUAUGUCAUACAUUUACAUCAGUUUAAUUUGAAACACUGUACAAACACCGGGAAAAGGCUAAAUGAAAUGUUUCAUUAAAGUCUACAAGGAUCCAUGCCGUGGGAAAAUGCUAUUCCACCAAACUGCUAAAAUCAAUACUAGCAGGUGAAACUAAAGAAAUGUGAAUCCAGAGAGACCAAGAGAGGAAAAUAUGAAUUAAGCAUGAGCAGAAUGAAUCAUUAGGCUUAAUCUCAUUUUCAGAUGAAACCUGUUUGUUUUUUCAAGAGGGUAUUCCAGAUUGCUCUGGGACAGACUACAUUAUUUAUCGAGUUAUAUAUUAUGGAUCCAGUUAAUCACUCUUUCAAUUUUGUCUUAUGAAUCAAUUAUAGCCUGACUAUAAAGUGAGUAUCAUAAAAACAGAAAUAAUUUCCAUUCAAUAAUUAACUUAACACUUCAUUUGACACAGUCCAGAAAUGGCCAGGCAUUUUCUACCAAACUGCGCUAAAUCCCAAAAAAAUAAUCUUUCCUAUGAGACGUUAGUCUGAAAAAAAAAAAAAAUCACACGGAAUGACAUGCUUCUCUCAAUAGGGUCUCUCUAGAAUGUUGCUGGCCAGUCCGUCUGUUAACUGACACUGUUUUAGUCCGUUCGUAAUACCUUCUUUAAAUAUAAGCUUUCCUUGGUACAAAAAAGGUUGCGAGAUAAUGACAUUGAACAAUAAAACACAAAUACAUAUUCUGUUCUGUAUGACAACUCAGUCAUAGACACAGUUGUGUAAAGUAACUAAGUAAAAGUACUACACUCUAAAAAGAAAAAGGUUCCUAGAGUAUCCUUUAGGGGUUCUUCAAAUUGAAACUGUGGGGGAACCCCUAUAACCUAUUCGAAGAACCCUUUAAAAGGGUUCUUAAAAUAAUCCCUUUUGAUGAAUCCUUGAAGAACCCAUUGAAUAACAUUUUUGGGGUUAAUUUUUGAAUUACCCCCCUCCCCUAUUAUUACACAUAACAAUAAAACAAUAUUUUAGUUGUCAGUGUCUAUGAUUUCAGUGGCAAAGCAGAAUAAAAAAAAUCCAAAUAUGAGGUAAACUCCCAGCAGAACACCAAGUCCAAUGGGUAUAUCCUCUGGCGUGUUGACGUUAAUGUGUUGAUGUUCUCCGUAUCCAUAGCCAGAAUGAUUUUGCAGUGCAUGGUGAUCGAACAGGUUUCCUGUUAUAUUCAUUAGAGGUGUAGGGAGGGUGAAGUCUGUGAAUCCCAAAAAUAGUAAUUAUACAGAUGAUUAACAAAACAUGCACGACAGUAUUCAUACCUUGGUUUUUGUGGUGAAUGUGAAUGAAAAAAACUGUUUUGAUAAUGGUUUUCAUACACAUACCUUGUCCAUAAUGUAGAGGCCUAUGGGAUUUUAAUUGAAGAGAAAAGGGAGAAUGGUAAGUGUGAUCUGUGUAACAUACCAUUAGUAACUGACAUACCUUUGUAUGCCUCCUCAUCUGUAUACCUGCAGACACAGACACAAAAGUGAGCAGUUCAGUCAUCUGCACCCAAUACAGCUAGCCUUCAACAUAUUCUUAAAGCCUACACAUUCUUACCUCUUUGUUGAUUGAUAUCCAUUGAAUUGUGUCCAUUUACUGUUUUAGAAAGAUUUGCACAAAUAUGAAAAGAUAGAUGGUAUCAUCAUAAAACAAUAUCAAUUUAGAUCGUACAAGGGACAAACCUCACCUUCUGUUAUGAACCCCGGGCUUUAAAAGUCUAGGGUGGAUGGAACAGAGACCCGUAACAUAAUUUAUGCAAAUUAGAAUCAUGACAUGGAAACAGUGAGAACAAAAAAAAUACACCGACAACCAUAAACUACCGUCAAACACAAGAUGUUUAUUUUUAACACACGGUAAAGGUUUGGGAAAAAGGGCUGAGCAGGACCCAAGAAAUGAAACAAUAGUGUAAAAAAAAAAACUAAACUGAUCUUGCCUGCCUCAAGAACCGCUAAGCUACUGCUAAUCAUACAAAAAUUACAGUGGGUGGUCCGCUCAGGUCUAACUAGUGUUUUUAGACAAUUUUCUUCCUACGGGUAAUGUAUGCCCAAGGGCAACUUGCUUAAAUCCCCCUUUUCCCAGAAACACACAAAGUUUCCAAACAGAGUAACCAGCAAAUGAGCGCGUACACAAAACACAGGACACCACAGUAUCCAUACUCACAUACGGAAAAUAGUCUCUUCCAACAAACACAACUGACUGGCUUUUAAAACAAUGGGAGGUGUAAGUGAAAAACCAGAAACAGGUGGUGCAAUACAGAGGAAUGUCCACUGAUUGGUCCACCUCGGCAAUCAGCAGCCAAACGGAUGUCGUACAGGUGGGACACCCCAACGACCACCAAUCAGGAACAUAAAGGACACCUGUGAUUAGGGCAGAAGGAGAGGAAAAACACAAAAACACACACAGGAUACCUGUAUCCGUAACACCUUAAAUUGAGGAGAUCUUUAAAUGUUUCAGUUAAGUGCCUGCACCUGCUGUCCUUUCAAAUUCAAACGUUUCAGUUGGGCAGUUAGCUUCCUGCAAGAACCCCUACCAACUAAGGAGGUUCCUCGAUGAACCCCACCUUCUAUGGGGUUCUUGGAAGAACCUUUUGGGGCAAUUUUCAGUGCCAAGAACCCUAAGGUUCUUCGAAGAACUUUGAGGAUCUUAGAAGAACCCUUGAUGAACCCAUACUUUUUAAUAAAGUAUUUUUUUGUGGAAUCUGUACUAUUUAUAUAUAUUUUUUACAACUUUUACUUCACUACAUUCCUAAAGAAAAUAUGUACUUUUUACUCUCAUACAUUUUCCCUGAUACCCAAAAGUACUUGUUACAUUUCGAAAGCUUUGCAGGACAGGAAAAAGGUAUAAUUCACACACUUAUCAAAAGAACACGUAGUCAUCCCUACUGCCUCUAAACUGGCAGACUCACUAAACACAAAUGCUUCAUUUGUAAAUGAGGUCUGAGUGUUGGAGUGUGCCUCUGGCUAUCCGUAAAUGAAAAAAAGAAACAAUAAAAAAUGGUGCAGUCUGGUUUAUGUAAUAUAAUGAAUUUGAAGGGAUUUAUUGCAUUUACUUUUAGUUUUGAUACUUAAGUAUAUUUAAAACCGGAUACUUUUAGAAUUUUACUCAAGUAAUAUUUUACUGAGUGACUUUCACUUUUACUUGAGUCAUUUUCUACUAAGGUAUGUUUACUUUUACUCAAGCAUGACAAUUGGGAACUUUUUCCACCACUGGAUAGACAUGACGACGUCAUAGACCUCAUGCAGACAGGAUGAUGUCACACUUAACUUUCAUCUGACUGGAAAACAAUACAUCACUUUGGAUUUAUCAAGACAGUCAAUAUUUGAUUAAAUAAGUAAAUAUUUUUUCAAUCAAAUGUUGUUCUUGUGAUUUUACAGAUCAAUUUUAAACAGGAAUUCAUACUCUUUGUCUUUAAAAGACAAUGAGAUUGACAAGGAAAGCAGCUUUGUUUUUAUACCAUCAGUUGACAUGAUCUGUCAGUUGAAUGUCAAAAAGUACAAUAUAAGGUACAGUUGGUUUCUGUGUUUUUGAUGUUGCCACUUGCCACUGUAGCUUUGACCAAAAUGAUGAAAUCAAAAACAAAGCUCUUGAGAAAGAGAGAUUGUUUUCAAUUCUCUGUUGAGGUAUAAUUAUCUCCAUGUUUUUUAUCCACUCGUUAGAGCAGAGAUCAAUUUGGUCUACUUUGACGAUAGAAAAUACUUAAUUAAAAAGGCACUAAUACUGUUUUAUUAGUGUUGAGGCGAGCCAAGCGUCAUUUCCUCACUCUGAUAAUGAUCAACCAUUCUCACAGCAUUUGUCCAGUCUAUUUUAGACAGUAGAGCGCACAAUCUGUGAGCUGGGAAAGAGGGAUGGGGGAUGGAGAAAGCAGGGGUCCCUUACAGAAAAAACACAUGAAUUUCACAUGAUCUUUACAUGUGACAACAUGUAAAGCAACAUGUGAUAACAUGAAACUACACAUGUGAAAACGUGUUCACAUGUGAAAACGUGUUCACAUGUGAAGUGUUCCAAAAUAAAUCAUGUAAUGUUCUGUAAGAGGUGAGUUGGGAAAGACGGAUAGGGGCUGGGGAUGGCAGGUGAGUUGGGGUGGAAGAACUGGGGCUGGGGAAUACAGGGGUGAGUUGGGGUGGAAGGAUGUGGGAUCAUUGGAUGGGGAAGACAGGGGUGAGUUGGGGUGGAGGGAUGGGGGCUAACAGGGUUGGGAAAGACAAGGGUGGCAAGCUGUGGGAGACAGGGAUGAGUUAGAUUCUGCUUGCUAAUAGGUAAUGGGAGAAAACAGCCUUUUGUUCAUUUACGAAUGUGGGCCUUUCAAGCAAGUCCUCAAAGGUGUUUUUGCACAUGAACGACUUGUGAAAUAAUAGAGGACUGGAUGGUGUACAUACUAUAGACCUCUAAAGAGUGCAGGGAAGUAGGAAUGGAGCCCAGCAUCUUUGAUCAAGGGACUAGAUUUUAAAAAUAUAUACAGUGGGGAAAAAAAGUAUUUAGUCAGCCACCAAUUGUGCAAGUUCUCCCACUUAAAAAGAUGAGAGAGGCCUGUAAUUUUCAUCAUAGGUACACGUCAUCUAUGACAGACAAAUUGAGGGAAAAAAAUCCAGAAAAUCACAUUGUAGGAUUUUUUAUGAAUUUAUUUGCAAAUGAUGGUGGAAAAUAAGUAUUUGGUCACCUACAAACAAGCAAGAUUUCUGGCUCUCACAGACCUGUAACUUCUUCUUUAAGAGGCUCCUCUGUCCUCCACUCAUUACCUGUAUUAAUGGCACCUGUUUGAACUUGUUAUCAGUAUAAAAGACACCUGUCCACAACCUCAAACAGUCACACUCCAAACUCCACUAUGGCCAAGACCAAAGAGCUGUCAAAGGACACCAGAAACAAAAUUGUAGACCUGCACCAGGCUGGGAAGACUGAAUCUGCAAUAGGUAAGCAGCUUGGUUUGAAGAAAUCAACUGUGGGAGCAAUUAUUAGGAAAUGGAAGACAUACAAGACCACUGAUAAUCUCCCUCGAUCUGGGGCUCCACGCAAGUUCUCACCCCAUGGGGUCAAAAUGAUCACAAGAACGGUGAGCAAAAAUCCCAGAACCACACGGGGGGACCUAGUGAAUGACCUGCAGAGAGCUGGGACCAAAGUAACAAAGCCUACCAUCAGUAACACACUACGCCGGCAGGGACUCAAAUCCUGCAGUGUCAGACGUGUCCCCCUGCUUAAGCCAGUAUAUGUCCAGGCCCGUCUGAAGUUUGCUGGAGUGCAUUUGGAUGAUCCAGAAGAGGAUUGGGAGAAUGUCAUAUGGUCAGAUGAAACCAAAAUAUAACUUUUUGGUAAAAACUCAACUUGUCGUGUUUGGAGGACAAAGAAUGCUGAGUUGCACCAUACCUACUGUGAAGCAUGGGGGUGGAAACAUCAUGCUUUGGGGCUGUUUUUCUGCAAAGGGACCAGGACGACUGAUCCGUGUAAAGGAAAGAAUGAAUGGGGCCAUGUAUUGUGAGAUUUGAGUGAAAACCUCCUUCCAUCAGCAAGGGCAUUGAAGAUGAAACGUGGCUGGGUCUUUCAGCAUGACAAUGUUCCCAAACACACCGCCCGGGCAACGAAGGAGUGGCUUCGUAAGAAGCAUUUCAAGGUCCUGGAGUGGCCUAGCCAGUCUCCAGAUCUCAACCCCAUAGAAAAUCUUUGGAGGGAGUUGAAAGUCCGUGUUGCCCAGCGACAGCCCCAAAACAUCACUGCUCUAGAGAGAUCUGCAUGGAGGAAUGGGCCAAAAUACCAGCAACAGUGUGUGAAAACCUUGUGAAGACUUACAGAAAACGUUUGACCUGUGUCAUUGCCAACAAAGGGUAUAUAACAAAGUAUUGAGAAACUUUUGUUAUUGACCAAAUACUUAUUUUCCACCAUAAUUUGCAAAUAAAUUCAUUAAAAAUCCUACUAUGUGAUUUUCUGGAAUUUUAUUUCUCAUUUUGUCUGUCAUAGUUGACGUGUACCUAUGAUGAAAAUUACAGGCCUCUCUCAUCUUUUUAAGUGGGAGAACUUGCACAAUUGGUGGCUGACUAAAUACUUUUUUUCCCCACUGUAUACAGUGAAGAGAACAAGUAUUUGAUACACUGUUGAUUUUGAAGGUUUUCCUACUUACAAAGCAUGUAGAGGUCUGUAAUUUUUCUUCUUCUGUAACUCUCAACUGUGAGAGACGGAAUCUAAAACAACAAUCCAGAAAAUCACAUUGUAUGAUUUUUAAGUAAUUAAUUUGCAUUUUAUUGCAUGACAUAAGUAUUUGAUCACCUACCAACCAGUAAGAAUUCCGGCUCUCACAGACCUGUUAGUUUUUCUUUAAGAAGCCCUCCUGUUCUCCACUCAUUGCCUGUAUUAACUGCACCUGUUUGAACUCGUUAUCUGUAUAAAAGACACCUGUCCACACACUCAAUCAAACAGACUCCAACCUCUCCACAAUGGCCAAGACCAGAGAGCUGUGUAAGGACAUCAGGGAUAAAAUUGUAGACCUGCACAAGGCUGGGAUGGGCUACAGGACAAUAGGCAAGCAGCUUGGUGAGAAGGCAACAACUGUUGGCGCAAUUAUUAGAAAAUGGAAGAAGUUCAAGAUGACGGUCAAUCACCCUCGGUCUGGGGCUCCAUGCAAGAUCUCACCUCGUGGGGCAUCAAUGAUCAUGAGGAAGGUGAGGGAUCAGCCCAGAACUACACGGCAGGACCUGGUCAAUGACCUGAAGAGAGCUGGGACCACAGUCUCAAAGAAAACCAUUAGUAACACACUACGCCGUCAUGGAUUAAAAUCCUGCAGCGCACGCAAGGUCCCCCUGCUCAAGCCAGCGCAUGUCUAGACCCAUCUGAAGUUUGCCAAUGACCAUCUGGAUGAUCCAGAGGAGGAAUGGGAGAAGGUCAUGUGGUCUGAUGAGACAAAAAUAGAGCUUUUUGGUCUAAACUCCACUCGCCGUGUUUGGAGGAAGAAGAAGGAUGAGUACAACCCCAAGAACACGAUCCCAACCGUGAAGCAUGGAGGUGGAAACAUCAUUCUUUGGGGAUGCUUUUCUGCAAAGGGGACAGGACGACUGCACCGUAUUGAGGGGAGGAUGGAUGGGGCCAUGUAUUGCGAGAUCUUGGCCAACAACCUCCUUCCCUCAGUAAGAGCAUUGAAGAUGGGUCGUGGCUGGGUCUUCCAGCAUGACAACGACCCGAAACACACAGCCAGGGCAACUAAGGAGUGGCUCCGUAAGAAGCAUCUCAAGGUCCUGGAGUGGCCUAGCCAGUCUCCAGACCUAAACCCAAUAGAAAAUCUUUGGAGGGAGCUGAAAGUCCGUAUUGCCCAGCGACAGCCCCGAAACCUGAAGGAUCUGGAGAAGGUCUGUAUGGAGGAGUGGGCCAAAAUCCCUGCUGCAGUGUGUCCAAACCUGUUCAAGACCUACAGGAAACGUAUGAUCUCUGUAAUUGCAAACAAAGGUUUCUGUACCAAAUAUUAAGUUCUGCUUUUCUGAUGUAUCAAAUAAUUAUGUCAUACAAUAAAAUGCAAAUGUAUUACUUAAAAAUCAUACAAUGUGAUUUUCUGGAUUUUUGUUUUAGAUUCCGUCUCUCACAGUUGAAGUGUACCUAUGAUAAAAAUUACAGACCUCUACAUGCUUUGUAAGUAGGAAAACCUGCAAAAUCGGCAGUGUAUCAAAUACUUGUUCUCCCCACUGUAUAUAUAUAUACUACCAGUCAAAAGUUUGGACACACCUACUCAUUCAAGAGUUUCUUUAUUUUUUUACUAUUUUUUACAUUGUAGAAUAAUAGUGAAGACAUCAAAACAUUCCAGGUGACUACCUAAUGAAGCUGUUUGAGAGAAUGCCAAGAGUGUGCAAAGCUGUCAUCAAGGCAAAGGGUGGCUAUUUGAAUAAUCUCAAAUAUAAAAUAUUUAGAUUUGUUUAACACUUUUUUUGGUUAGUACAUGAUUCCAUAUGUGUUAUUUCAUAGUAUUCCAAUUAACAGGUGUGCCUUCUUAAAAGUUAAUUUGUGGAAUUUCUUUCCUUCUUAAUGUGUUUGAGUCAAUCAGUUGUGUUGUGACAAGGUAGGGGGGGUAUACAGAAGAUAGCCCUAUUUGGUAAAAGACCAAGUCCAUAUUAUGGCAAGAACAGCUCAAAUAAGCAAAGAGAAACGACAGUCCAUCAUUACUUUAAGAUAUGAAGGUCAGUCAAUACGGAACAUUUCAAUAUCUUUUAAAGUUUCUUCAAGUGCAGUCGCAAAAACCAUAAAGCGCUAUGAUGAAACUGGCUCUCAUGAGGACCACCACAGGAAUGGAAGACCCAGAGUUACCUCUGCUGCAGAGGAUAAGUUCAUAAGAGUUACCAGCUUCAGAAAUUGCAGCCCAAAAAAAUGCUUCACAGAGUCACAGACCCAUCUCAACAUCAACUGUUCAGAGGGGACUGUGUGAAUCAGGCCUUCAUGGUCGAAUUGCUGCAAAGAAACCACUACUAAAGGACAGCAAUAAGAAGAAGAGACCUGCUUGGCCAAAGAAACACGAGCAAUGGACAUUAGACCGGUGGACAUUUUUGGUUCCAGCUGCCGUGUCUUUGUGAGACGCGGUGUGGGUGAACAGAUGAUCUCCGCAUAUGUAGUUCCCACCGUAAAGCAUGGAGGAGGAGGUGUUAUGGUGUGGGGCUGCUUUGUUGGUGACACUGUCUGUGAUUUAUUUAGAAUUCAAGGCACACUUAACCAGCAUGGCUACCACAGCAUUCUGCAGCAAUAUGCCAUCUGGUUUGGGCUUAGUGGGACUUUUUUGGUUACGAAAUGAUUCCAUAUGUGUUAUUUAAUAUUUUUCAUGUCUUCACUAUUAUUCUGCAAUGUAGAAAAUAGUAAAAAUAAAGAAAAACCCUUGAAUGAGUAGGUGUGUCCAAACUUUUGACUGGUACUGUAUACAGUGAGGGAAAAAAGUAUUUGAUCUCCUGCUGAUUUUGUACGUUUGCCCACAUACAAAGACAUGAUCAGUCUAUAAUUUUAAUGGUAGGUUUAUUUGAACAGUGAGAGACAGAAUAACAACAACAAAUUCCAGAAAAACGCAUGUCAAAAAUUUUAUAAAUUGAUUUGCAUUUUAAUGAGGAAAAUAAGUAUUUUACCCCUCUGCAAAACAUUACUUAGUACUUGGUGGAAAAACCCUUGUUGGCACAGAGGUCAGCCGUUUCUUGUAGUUGGCCACCAGGUUUGCACACAUCUCAGGAGGGAUUUUGUCCCACUCCUCUUUGCAGAUCUUCUCCAAGUCAUUAAGGUUUCGAGGCUGACGUUUGGCAACUCAAACCUUCAGCUCCCUCCACAUAUUUUCUAUGGGAUUAAGGUCUGGAGAUUGGCAAGGCCACUCCAGGAACUUAAUGUGCUUCUUCUUGAGCCACUCCUUUGUUGCCUUGGCCGUGUGUUUUGGGUCAUUGUCAUGCUGGAAUACCCAUCCACGACCCAUUUUCAAUGCCCUGGCUGAGGGAAGGAGGUUCUCACACAAGAUUUGAUGGUACAUGGCCCCGUCCAUCGUCCCUUUGAUGCUGUGAAGUUGUCCUGUCCCCUUAGCAGAAAAACAACCCCAAAGCAUAAUGUUUCCACCUCCAUGUUUGACGGUGGGGAUGGUGUUCUUGGGGUCAUAGGCAGCAUUCCUCCUCCUCCAAACACGGCGAGUUGAGUUGAUGCCAAAGAGCUCGAUUUUGGUCUCAUCUGACCACAACACUUUCACCCAGUUCUCCUCUGAAUCAUUCAGAUGUUCAUUGGCAAACUUCAGACGGCCCUGUAUAUGUGCUUUCUUGAGCAGGGGGACCUUGCGGGCGCUGCAGGAUUUCAGUCCUUCACGGCGUAGUGCGUUACCAAUUGUUUUUAUUGGUGACUAUGGUCCCAGCUGCCUUGAGAUCAUUGACAAGAUCCUCCUGUGUAGUUCUGUGCUGAUUCCUCACCGUUCUCAUGAUCAUUGCAACUCCACGAGGUGAGAUCUUGCAUGGAGCCCCAGGCCGAGGGAGAUUGACAGUUCUUUUGUGUUUCUUCCAUUUGCGAAUAAUCGCACCAACUGUUGUCACCUUCUCACCAAGCUGCUUGGCGAUGGUCUUGUAGCCCAUUCCAGCCUUGUGUAGGUCUACAAUCUUGUCCCUGACAUCCUUGGAGAGCUCUUUGGUCUUGGCCAUGGUGGAGAGUUUGGAAUCUGAUUGAUUGAUUGCUUCUGUGGACAGGUGUCUUUUAUACAGGUAACAAACUGAGAUUAGGAGCACUCCCUUUAAGAGUGUGCUCCUAAUCUCAGCUCGUUACCUGUAUAAAAGACACCUGGGAUCCAGAAAUCUUUCUGAUUGAGAGGGGUCAAAUACUUAUUUCCCUCAUUAAAAUGCAAAUCAAUUUAUAACAUUUUUGAAAUGCGUUUUUCUGGAUUUUUGUUGUUGUUAUUCUGUCUCUCACUGUUCAAAUAAACCUACCAUUAAAAUUAUAGACUGAUCAUUUCUUUGUCAGUGGGCAAACAUACAAAAUCAGCAGGGGAUCAAAUACUUUUUUCCUUCACUGUAUAUACACUACCGGUCAAAAUUUUUAGAACACCUACUCAUUCAAGGUUUUUUUGUUAUUUUCUACAUUGUACAAUAAUAGUGAAGACAUCAAAACUAUUAAAUAACACAUAUGGAAUCAUGUAGUAACACAAAGUGUUAAACAAAUCAAAAGAUAAUGUUAUAUUUGAGAUUCUUUCAAGUAGCCACCCUUUGCCUUGAUUACAGCUUUGCACACUCUUGGCAUUCUCUCAACCAGCUUCAUGAGGUAGUCACCUGGAAUGCAUUUCAAUUAACAGGUGUGCCUUCUUAAAAGUUUAAUUUGUGGAAUUUCUUUCCUUCUUAAUGCAUUUGAGCCAAUCAGUUGUGUUGUUACAAGGUAGGGGGGUAUACAGAAGAUAGCCCUAUUUGGUAAAAGACCAAGUCCAUAUUAUGGCAAGAACAGCUCAAAUAAGCAAAGAGAAACGACAGUCCAUCAUUACUUUAAGACAUGAAGGUCAGUCAAUACGGAACAUUUCAAGAACUCUUCAAGUGUAGUCGCAAAAACCAUCAAGCGCUAUGAUGAAACGGGCUCUCAUGAGUACCACCUCAGGAAUGGAAGACCCAAAGUUACCUCUGCUGCAGAGGAUAAGUUCAUUAGAGUUACCAGCCUCAGAAAUUGCAGCCCAAAUAAAUGCUUCACAAAGUUCAAGUCACAGACACAUCUCAACAUCAACUGUUCAGAGGGGACUGUGUGAAUCAGGCCUUCAUGGUCAAAUUGCUGCAAAGAAACCCCUACUAAAGGACACCAAUAAGAAGAAGACACCUGCUUGGGCCAAGAAACACGAGCAAUGGACAUUAGACAGGAGGAAAUUUGUCCUUAGGUCUGGAGUCCAAAUUUGAGAUUUCUGGUUCAAACUGCCGUCUCUUUGUGAGACGCUGUGUGGGUGAACGGAUGAUAUCCGCAUGUGUAGUUCCCACCGUAAAGCAUGGAGGAGGAGAUGUGAUGGUGUGGGGGUGCUUUGCUGGUGACACUGUCUGUGAUCUAUUUAGAAUUCAAGGCACACGUAACCAGCAUGGCUACCAAAGCAUUCUGCAGCGAUACGCCAUUCCAUCUGGUUUGGGCUUAAUGGGACUAUCAUUUGUUUUUCAACAGGACAACGAACCAACACACCUCCAGGAUGUGUAAGGGCUAUUUAAACAAGAAGGAGAGUGAUGGAGUGCUGCAUCAGAUGACCUGGCCUCCACAAUCUCCCGACCUCAACCCAAUUGAGAUGGUUUGGGAUGAGUCGGACGGCAGAGUGAAGGAAAAGCAGCCAACAAGUGCUAAGCAGAUUUGUUUAACACUUUUUGGUUACUACAUGAUUCCAUAUGUGUUAUUUAAUAGUUUUGAUGUCUUCACUAUUAUUCUACAAAGUAGAAAAUAGCAAAAAUAAAGAUAAACCCUUGAAUUAGUAGGUGUCUAAAACUUUUGACCGGUAGUAUAUACAGUGGGGAAAAAAAGUAUUUAGUCAGCCACCAAUUGUGCAAGUUCUCCCACUUAAAAAGAUGAGAGAGGCCUGUAAUUUUCAUCAUAGUACACGUCAACUAUGACAGACAAAUUGAGGAAAAGAAAUCCAGAAAAUCACAUUGUAGGAUUUUUAAUGAAUUUAUUUGCAAAUUAUGGUGGAAAAUAAGUAUUUGGUCACCUACAAACAAGCAAGAUUUCUGGCUCUCACAGACCUGUAACAACUUCUUUAAGAGGCUCCUCUGUCCUCCACUCGUUACCUGUAUUAAUGGCACCUGUUUGAACUUGUUAUCAGUAUAAAAGACACCUGUCCACAACCUCAAACAGUCACACUCCAAACUCCACUAUGGCCAAGACCAAAGAGCUGUCAAAGGACACCAGAAACAAAAUUGUAGACCUGCACCAGGCUGGGAAGACUGAAUCUGCAAUAGGUAAGCAGCUUGGUUUGAAGAAAUGAACUGCGGGAUGAAUUAUUAGGAAAUGGAAGACAUACAAGACCACUGAUAAUCUCCCUCGAUCUGGGGCUCCACGCAAGAUCUCACCCCGUGGGGUCAAAAUGAUCACAAGAACGGUGAACAAAAAUCCCAGAACCACACGGGGGGACCUAGUGAAUGACCUGCAGAGAGCUGGGACCAAAGUAACAAAGCCUACCAUCAGUAACACACUACGCCGCCAGGGACUCAAAUCCUGCAGUGCCAGACGUGUCCCCCUGCUUAAGCCAGUACAUGUCCAGGCCCGUCUGAAGUUUGCUAGAGUGCAUUUGGAUGAUCCAGAAGAGGAUUGGGAGAAUGUCAUAUGGUCAGAUGUGUCUCCCGAGUGGCGCAGUGGUCUAAGGCACUGCAUCGCAGUGCUAGCUGUGUCACUAGAGAUCCUGGUUCGAAUCCAGGCUCUGUCGUAGCCGGCCGCGACCGGGAGACCCAUGGGGUGGCGCACAAUUGGCCCAGGGUAGGGGAGGGAAUGGCCGGCAGGGAUGUAGCUCAGUUGGUAGAGCAUGGCGUUUGCAAUGCCAGGGUUGUGGGUUCGAUUCCCACGGGGGGUAUAAAAAAUAAUGUAUGCACUAACUGUAAGUCGCUCUGGAUAAGAGCGUCUGCUAAAUGACUAAAAUGUAAUGAAACCAAAAUAGAACUUUUUGGUAAAAACUCAACUCGUCGUGUUUGGAGGACAAAGAAUGCUGAGUUGCAUCCAAAGAACACCAUACCUACUGUGAAGCAUGGGGGUGGAAACAUCAUGCUUUGGGGCUGUUUUUCUGCAAAGGGACUACGACGACUGAUCCGUGUAAAGGAAAGAAUGAAUGGGGCCACGUAUCGUGAGAUUUUGAGUGAAAACCUCCUUCCAUCAGCAAGGGCAUUGAAGAUGAAACAUGGCUGGGUCUUUCAGCAUGACAAUGAUCCCAAACACACCGCCCGGGCAACGAAGGAGUGGCUUCAUAAGAAGCAUUUCAAGGUCCUGGAGUGGCCUAGCCAGUCUCCAGAUCUCAACCCCAUAGAAAAUCUUUGGAGGGAGUUGAAAGUCCGUGUUGCCCAGCGACAGCCCCAAAACAUCACUGCUCUAGAGGAGAUCUGCAUGGAGGAAUGGGCCAAAAUACCAGCAACAGUGUGUGAAAACCUUGUGAAGACUUACAGAAAACAUUUGACCUGUGUCAUUGCCAACAAAGGGUAUAUAACAAAGUAUUGAGAAACUUUUGUUAUUGACCAAAUACUUAUUUUCCACCAUAAUUUGCAAAUCAAUUCAUUAAAAAUCCUACAUUGUGAUUUUCUGAAAUGUUUCUUCUCAUUUUGUCUGUCAUAGUUGACGUGUACCUAUGAUGAAUAUUACAGGCCUCUUUCAUCUUUUUAAGUGGGAGAACUUGCACAAUUGGUGGCUGACUAAAUACUUUUUCCCCCCCCACUGUGUGUGUAUAUAUAUAUAUAUAUAUAUAUAUAUAUAUAUAUAUAUAUAUAUAUAUAUAUAUAUACACACAGUGCUUUCGGAAAGUAUUCAGACCCCCCUUAUUCUAAAAUUGAUUAAAUAAAAAUAAAUCCUUAUCAAUCUACACACAAUUCCCCAUAAUGACAAAGUGAAAACAGGUCUUUAGAAAUAUUUGCAAAUUUAUAAAAAAUUUAAAACAGAAAUACCUUAUUUACAUAAGUGUUCAGACCCUUUGCUAUGAGACUCGAAAUUGAGCUCAGGUGCAUCCUGUUUCCGUUGAUCAUCAUUGAGAUGUUUCUACAACUUGAUUGGAGUCCACCCGUGUUCAAUUCAAUUGAUUGGACAUGAUUUGGAAAGGCACACACCUGUCUGUAUAAGGUCCCGCAGUUGACAGUGCAUAUCAGAGCAAAAACCAAGCCAUGAGGUCGAAGGAAUUGUCCGUAGCGCUCCAAGGCGGGAUUGUGUCGAGGCACAGAUCUGGGGAAGGGUACCAAAAAAUGUUUGCAGCCUUGAAGAUCCCCAAGAACACAGUGGCCUCCAUCAUUCUUAAAUGGAACAAGUUUGGAACCACCAAGACUCUUCCUAGAGCUGGCUGCCCGGCCAAACUGAGCAAUUGGGGGAGAAUUACCUUGGUCAGGUAGGUGGCCAAGAACCAGAGUUCCUCUGUGGAGAUGGGAGAACCUUCCAGAAGGACAACCAUCUCUGCAGCACUCCACCAAUCAAGCCUUUAUGGUAGAGUGGCCAGACGGAAGCCACUCCUCACUAAGAAGCACAUGACAGCUCUCUUGGAGUUUGCCAAAAGGCACCUAAAGGACUCUCAGUCCAUGAGAAACAAGAUUCUCUGGUCUGAAGAAACCAAGAUUCAACUCUUUGGCCUGAAUGCCAAGCGUCACGUCUGGAGGAAACCUGGCACCAUACCUACGGUGAAGCAUGGGUGGUGGCAGCAUCAUGCUGUGGGGAUGUUUUUCAGUGGCAGGGACUGGGAGACUAGUCAGGAUCGAGGGAAAGAUGAAUGGAACAAAAUACAGAGAGAUCCUUGAUGAAAACCUGCUCCAGAGCGCUCAGGACCUCAGACUGGGGCGAAGGUUCACCUUCCAACAGGACAACGACCCUAAGCACACAGCCAAGUCAACACAGGAGUGGCUUCGGGACAAGUCUCUGAAUGUCCUUGAGUGGCCUAGCCAGAGCCCGGACUUCAACACGAUCUAACAUCUCUGGAGAGACCUGAAAAUAGCUGUGUGGUGAUGCUCCCCAUUCAACCUGACAGAGCUUGAGAGGAUCUGCAGAGAAGAAUGAAAGAAACUCCCUAAAUACAGGUGUGCCAAGCUUGUAGCGUCAUACCCAAGAAGACUUGAGGCUGUAAUCGCUGCCAGGCGCUUCAACAAAGUACUGAGUAAAGGGUCUGAAUACUUAUGUAAAUGUAAUAUUUCAGUUUUGUAUUUGUAAUACAUUUGCAAAAAAUUAUUGCUUCGUCGUUAUUGGGUAUUGUGUGUAGAUUGAUGAGGGGGAAAAACGAUUUAAUCAAUUUCAGAAUAAGGCUGUAAUGUAACAAAAUGUGGAAAAAGUCAAGGGGUCUGAAUACUUUCCGAAUGCACUUUGUGGUUGUUCUAUGUUUAGCUACAGCUAAUUAUUUGACUAGGGUUGUAAAGCUACUGGUAAUUUACCAAAGUUACUGGAAUAAUGGUAAUUAACAGGUAAUCAAUGGCAAUCUAUGGUAAUUUUGGUCAUUUAUACUUAAAAAAAUAAUCAUAUAUAGUAUUCAUUUUUUUAUAUCUGUGUCCAACUGUCUAUAUUAUCUAUGAGUUUCUAGUACAUAGACCAUAUGGUUAAAGAGAAAAUAGCCUAAUUAAUGAAAAAAGCAUCUAAUCAACAAUGGCAUUAUUUUCAAUUAACUCUGCAACUCUUCCAACUCUCAAACUGUCACCAGUUUGGCCCCAAAACAUUUACAAGACAUAUUGACAUAGUAACAAAAGUGUGUAAAAAACAAUAGAAGUGUGCUGAAACCCUCAUAUUAAACAGGAUAAUGUUUUACAGCUUUAUUUUUUUAUUUUAUUUUUUUUCUUAUUUUACAUGUGAUAAGGCCACACAGACGGCCAGAGAUAAUUACAGACACCUCUGAUCAUCUAAAGUACCAAAAAAAAACAUUAGAUAUAAUCUUAUCAAGUUCUAUAUAUUCCUUUAAAGUUAAAAAAAAUUCUGGUCGUUUACUGGUAAACUUCAAAAGUUUCCAGUAAUAUACCCUCCCUUUGCAAGCUUUGACACUUCAGUUCUUUUUAGGUGCACUUUACCUGUUCUGCAGCAGAUAAGAUUAGCGCUCUAUGCUCUCAUGCGUUACUUAGGGAACCUGAGUAUGGUGCAAAUUCUAAAAUAGCUGACUCAGUCUAUGUCAAUGGACAACACGAAACACUACGGCUAAAGACAGUUGAUAAGAUGCUUCACUCACACAUUUCAAUGGGUUGGGUCAAAGGUAGCAAAUAAAGCAUCUACAGCUUCUCUAUAAGGCACAGUUACCUGUCCCUUAUCAUAAUAAUUGUAGCAAAUAAGGACUUUCUUCAGGGUGUCUUAUAAGAUUGGAUACCUGUCCAUCAAACACUCUGUCUGUAAGCUGCCUGGAGGUGUGUUGAGGAUAUCUAUUACACUGUCAUCCAUUGGGUUUGUGCUGUGCAAAUGAACUCCACACCAAUGUAACACAAAGAGGCUGAUACUGUUUACAUUCAGUCCGUUUGUGAUGGAUGGGAUGACGCUUCAAACACUGACCGUAUUCACCUGUGAAUCACAACAGCUGUCCAUAUGAAGUGGAUUGAAAACAUAUACAUAUUUAGGAAAUAACAUUCAAUAACAAUGGAUGUAUGUGCAAGGGAGACCAAAUGCAUGAUAAAAAAACAGACCCCUUGAACCCCAUAUUCAUUUCUUCCCAGAGAGAGGAACUCCGGUGGAGAUCUGAAGGGGCCAGAUGAAAGCAAUUCCUGCUCGCUGUGGGAUGAGGGCAGAGAGGGAUGCUGGGUAAUGGAACAGGUGUACAGUAGUGGGGAGGAGGGCGAGGGGGAGCCAAAUAUCAGAUGCACAGUGACCUUUUCAGAACGGCAUGUGGGCAGCGGGGAGUCUCCUCUCCUUCCUGUCUUUUAAAGACUGUUUUAAAUAUCAUAGUACAUUUAAUGUAAAGCGUCAUUCAAGGGUAUCAGGUAUACAAAUAGUUUUUGUAUACACCAUACUUGUUUGUAGUAGACCUAUGUAGUGUAGUAUGUGUCACGAUCGUCUAAAACAGGAGACCAAGGCGCAGCGUUGCGAGUGAACAUAGUAUAUUUAUUAAACGCUCACACGAGCAAAACAACUAAACAACGAAUCCGUGACGUCUGUGGUACAACACGCACACACACGAACAAAAACCCACAACACCCACAGGAAAACAUACAGAUUAAAUAUGGCUCCCAAUCAGAGAUAACGAGCCGACAGCUGACACUCGUUACCUCCGAUUGGGAGUCACUGAACCAAACAAAGAUAUACAACACAUAGAACUACCCAACCAAACAAAACACCACGAAACGAACACACCCUGGCUCAACACACAAAGUCCCGGAGCCAGAGUGUGACAGUACCCCCCCCCUAAAGGCGCGGACUGCGACCGCGCCUCAACUAGGGCUAACCAAGGGAGGGCUGGGUGGGCAUACCUCUUCGGCGGUGGUUCUGGCUCUGGUCGUGGUCCCCACCCCACCAUAGUCACUACCCGCUUCCGUAGCCUCCUCCAACUGACCACCCUCCAACUUACCCCCACCGGAUUAAGGGGCAGCACCGGACUAAGAGGCAGCACCGGACUAAGGGGCAGCACCGGACUAAGGGGCAGCACCGGACUGAAUGGCGGAUCCGGGCUGGCUGGCGGACCCCGGCUGGAUGGCUCAUGGCUGGCUGACGGAUCUGGCUGCUCAUGGCUGGCUGACGGAUCUGGCUGCUCAUGGCUGGCUGACGGAUCUGGCUGCUCAUGGCUGGCUGACGGAUCUGGCUGCUCAUGGCAGGCUGACGGAUCUGGCUGCUCAUGGCUGGCCGACGAAUCUGGCUGCUCAUGGCAGGCUGACGGAUCUGGCUGCUCAUGGCUGGCGGAAGGCUCUGGCUGCUCAUGGCAGGCUGACGGAUCUGGCUGCUCAUGGCUGGCGGAAGGCUCUGGCUGAUCCUGUCUGGCGGAAGGCUCUGGCUGAUCCUGUCUGGCGGAAGGCUCUGGCUGAUCCUGUCUGGCGGAAGGCUCUGGCUGAUCCUGUCUGGCGGAAGGCUCUGGCUGAUCCUGUCUGGCGGAAGGCUCUGGCUGAUCCUGUCUGGCGGAAGGCUCUGGCUGAUCCUGUCUGGCGGAAGGCUCUAGCGGCUCCUGUCUGGCGGAAGGCUUUAGCGGCUCCGGUCUGGCGGACGGCUCUGAAGGCUCAUGGCAGACGGGCGGCUUUGCAGGCUCAGUACAGACGGGCAGUUCAUGCAGCGCUUGGCAGACGGACAGUUCAGACGGCGUUGGGCAGACAGGCAGUUCAGGCGCCGUUGGGCAGACGGGCAGUUCAGGCGCCGUUGGGCAGACGGGCAGUUCAGGCGCCGUUGGGCAGACGGCAGACUCUGGCCGGCCGAGACGCACUAUAGGCCUGGUGCGUGGUGCCGGAACUGGUGGUCCCGGGCUGAGGACACGCAUCUCAGGGCUAGUGCGGGGAGCAGCAACAGGACGCACAGGACUCUGGGGACACACAGGAGGCUUGGUGCGUGGUGUAGGCACUGGUGGUACUGGGCUGGAGCGGGGAGGUGGCGCCGGAAAUACCGGACCGUGCAGGCUUACUGGCUCCCUUGAGCACUGAGCCUGCCCAACCUUACCUGGUUGUAUGCUCCCCGUCGCCCGACCAGUACGGGAAGGAGGAAUAACCCGCACCGGGCUAUGUAGGCGAACCGGGGACACCAUGCGUAAGGCUGGUGCCAUGUAAGCCGGCCCGAGGAGACGCACUGGUGGCCUGAUGCGUUGGACCGGCUUCAUGACAUCCGGCUCAACGCUCAAUCUAGCCCGGCCGAUACGUGGAGCUGGAAUGUACCGAACCGGGCUAUGCACGCGUACAGGAGACACCAUGCGCUCAACUGCGUAACACGGUGUCUGCCCGUACUCUCGCUCUCCACGGUAAGUACAGGGGGUAGGCGCAGGUCUCCUACCUGACUUCGCCACACUCCCUUUAAGGCCCCCCCCAAGACAUUUUUGGCUAGUGCUCACGGGCUUCCAGCCUUGCCUCUGUGCUGCCUCCUCAUAUUGCCUCCUCUCGGCUUUAGCUGCCUCCAGCUCUUCACGAGGGCGGCGAUAUUCUCCCGGUUGUGCCCAAGGACCCCUUCCAUCCAGUAUCUCCUCCCAUGUCCAUGAAUCCUGUGUAGGUGGAUCCUGUUGCCGCUUGACACGCCGCUUGGUCCUAGAAUGGUGGGUUUUUCUGUCACGAUCGUCCAAUGAGGGAGACCAAAGCGCAGCGCGUUGAGCGAACAUGACUUUAUUAUAUUAAAGUAUAGAACACCAAAACAACAAACAAUGACGAUACGUGAAGUCCACAGUGACAAAGACUGAUACGGAACAAAAACCCACAACCCCAAGGUGAAAACACACAGUAUAAAUAUGGCUCCCAAUCAGAGAUAACGAGCCGACAGCUGACACUCGUUACCUCCGAUUGGGAGUCAUUGACCAAACAUAGAAAUAAACCCAACAGAAAUACAAACAUAGAAAAUGAACACAUAGAAUGCACACACCCUGGCUCAACAUCAUGAGUCCCAGAACCAGGGUGUGACAGUAUGACAAUGUCAUCCAUUAAACACUUACCAAUGUCAUCCUGUUGAACUUUGUAGGAACAUAGACUGUUUUCUGGGUAACUGUCUCAACUCAAAUGUUUUGUGUUACAGAAAAAUUGACGGGACCAAUGCGGACGAGGAGGACCAGAUGGAGCUCACGGAGGACGGGCAACCGGUGGCGGCGGCCCCUCGCCACAGUGCCCCUCUGUUUGACUGCGGUUGCUGCGGCCUGCCCAAGCGCUACAUCAUUGCCAUUCUUAGCGGACUGGGCUUCUGCAUCUCCUUUGGCAUCCGCUGCAAUCUUGGGGUGGCCAUUGUGGAGAUGGUCAACAACAACACAGUCUACAUCAACGGGACACCUGUACUCCAGGUGAGAGAGAAAGAAGGAAAUCACUGACAUAAAAAAUAAUCCAUAUAGGCCUCCCGAGUGGUGCAGCGGUCUAAGGCAUCACUACAGACCCUGGUUCGAUCCCAGGCUGUAUCACAGCCGGCUGUGACCGGGAGACCCAUGAGGUUGCGUACAAUUGGCCCAGCGUCGUGAGGGUUUGGCAGGCCAUGAUUUCCUUGUCCCAUCGCGCUCUAGCAACUCCUUGUGCCGGGCUCCUGCAAGCUGACUUUGUUCGCCAGUUGGACGGUGUUUCCUCCAACACAUUGGUGUGGCUGGUUAAGCGAGCAGUGUGUCAGGAAGCAGUGCAGCUUGGCAGGGUCGUGUUUCGGAGGACGCAUGACUUUCGACCUUCGCCUCUCCUGAGUCCGUAGGGGAGUUGCAGAGCCUAUUUACAAAGUUCAGACUUCAAUAUUCAAAAGAAAAUAACCUUCAACCAGGCUUGAAUGCAGCAACACAUCACACCGCUGCCUUUAAAUGUCAUUGACAUUUCACCAAACUCCUACAUUCCAAUCAUACAUGGUUAUCUUGUAAAAAAUAUUGAAACAUAUUAAAACAUUUUGUCACUGAAGGUCUGGACACAAGACAGAUUGUUAGGGGGGCAUCAAACAUUUCGGGGAAAUACAGACUCAAAAGAAAGGAACAAUUUCUUGAGCGAAAUAAAAAAACGUCUUCCUCAUGAAUGUAGCGAAAAACUGCAGCUCCGAUUAUCAAACGGUAAAUAAAUGCAACAAUAUAUAUAUUUUUUUGUUGUCACAUACAUCGGAUUGAUGCAAUGAAAUGUUUUGUUUCACAGGGUCAUCCAUAGUAGUACGGCACCCCUGGAGCAAAUUAGGGUUAAGUGCCUUGCUCAAGAGUACAAUGACAGAUCUUGCACCUUGUCAGCUCGUGUAUUCAAACCAGCGACAUUUAGGUUACUGGCCCAAUGCUCUAACUGCUUGGCUACCUGCAGCUUCAUAAUGAAACAGAUAGGGCACAUACUAGUUGAAUCAACAUUGUUUCCACGUCAUUUCAAUGAAAUUACGUUGAAGCAACGUGGAAUAGAUGUUGAAUUGACAUCUGUGCCCAGUGGGUGGCUAUGUCUACAAUGUUGCAAAAAACGGUAAUGGAAUGAAAUAUUGUAACGAUAGCGAUUAUUGUAAGAUUAUAUUGAAUAUACAGUUGAAGUCGGAAGUUUACAUACACUUAGGUUGGAGUCAUUAAAACUUGUUUUUCAACCACUCCACAAAUUUCUUGUUAACAAACUAUUGUUUUGGCAAGUCGGUUAGGACAUCUACUUUGUGCAUGACACAAGUAAUCUUUCCAACAAUUGUUUACAGACAGAUUAUUUCACUUAUAAUUCACUGUAUCACAAUUCCAGUGGGUCAGACGUUUACAUGCACUAAGUUGACUGUGCCUUUAAACAGCUUGGAAAAUUCCAGAAAAUGAUGUCAUGACUUUAGAAGCUUCUGAUAGGCUAAUUGACAUAAUUUGAGUCAAUUGGAGGUGGACCUGUGGAUGUAUUUCAAGGCCUACCUUUAAACUCAGUGCCUCUUUGCUUGACAUCAUGGGAAAAUCAAAAGAAAUCAGCCAAGACCUCAGAAAAAGAAUUGUAGACCUCCUCAAGUCUGGUUCAUCCUUGGGAGCAAUUCUCAGAUGCCUGAAGGUACCACGUUCAUCUGUACAAACAAAAGUAUGCAAGUAUAAGCACCAUGGGACCAUGCAGCCGUCAUACCGCUCAGGAAGGAGAAGCGUUCUGUCUCCUAGAGAUGAACAUACUUUGGUGCGAAAAGUGCAAAUCAAUCCCAGAACAACAGCAAAGACAUUGUGAAGAUGCUGGAGGAAGCCGGUACAAAAGUAUCUAUAUCCACAGUAAAACAAAUCCUAUUUCGACAUAACCCGAAAGGCCGCUCAUCAAGGAAGAAGCCACUGCUCAAAAACCGCCAUAAAAAAGCCAGACUACGGUUUGCAACUGCACAUGGGGACAAAGAUCGUAUUUUUUGGAGAAAUAUCCUCUGGUCUGAUGAAACAAAAAUAGAACUGUUUGGCCAUAAUGACCAUUGUUAUGUUUGGAGGAAAAACGGGGUUGCUUGCAAGCCAAAGAAAACCAUCCCAACCGUGAAGCACGGGGGUGCUUUGCUGCAGGAGGGACUGGUGCACUACACAAAAUAGAUGGCAUCAUGAGGAAGGAAAAUUAUGUGGAUAUAUUGAAGCAACAUCUCAAGACAUCAGUCAGGAAGUUAAAGCUUGGUCGCAAAUGGGUCUUCCAAAUGGACAAUGACCCCAAGCAUACUUCCAAAGUUGUGGCAAAAUGGCUUAAGGACAACAAAGUCAAGGUAUUGGAGUGGCCAUCACAAGGCCCUGACCUCAAUCCUAUAGAACAUUUGUGGGCAGAACUGAAAAAGUGUGUGAGAGCAAGGAGGCCUACAAACCUGACACAGUUACACCAGCUCUGUCAGGAGGAAUGGGCCAACAUUCACCCAACUUAUUGUGGGAAGCUUGUGGAAGGCUACCCGAAACGUUUCACCCAAGUUAAACAAUUUAAAGGCAAUGCUACCAAAUACUAAUUGAGUGUAUGUAAACUUCUGACCCACUGGGAAUGUGAUGAAAGAAAUAAAAGCUGAAAUAAAUCACUCUCUACUAUUAUUCUGACAUUUCACAUUCUUAAAAUAAAGUGGUGAUCCUAACUGACCUAAAACAGGGAAUUUUUACUAGGAUUAAAUGUCAGGAAUUGUGAAAAACUGAGUUUAAAUGUGUUUCACUAAGGUGUAUGUAAACUUCCGACUUCUACUGUAGAUUUAAGAAAUAGGCUGUUUAACUUGAGAAAACAUCAAAACACACACACACACACACACACUUUUUAUGUGAAAUAACUCAUAACCAGUUAAAUACCCUAUAUUAUAUUACUCUGUUCCCCAGCCAGCUCAAUUCAACUGGGACCCAGAGACUGUGGGACUGAUCCAUGGCUCCUUCUUCUGGGGUUACAUCGUCACACAGAUCCCUGGAGGCUUCAUCUCCAACAAGCUGGCCGCCAACAGGUUAGGCCUUCCCACUGCUAAUGAUCUCACUCCUGAAAUUAAAGGGAUAUUUAAGGUAUUUUUAUAUAACUGAUUUGUGGGUGGACUAGAGAGGGUUAAAUAGGUGACUAGGGUGGGUUUGGAAUGGAUACUUGUGCUAAGGGCAGGAACAGAGAGAUUGGGUGUCUGAAAUAGGCAGUCAGUCAAUGUGUGUGGUGAGGUUUAUAACAGAAAGAUAGGGUAUUUGGAAUUGGUAGUCAGUGUGUGGAGUCAGAGCUAUAACAGAAAGGUUUUAGGGGCCUAAGUGAAAAAGGCAUGCAGUGUUUGUGUGUGUGGUAAGGGUUAAAGUGGUGUGUGUAUGCGUGCACGUGUGUGUGUGUUUGUGUGUGUUAGGUAAGGGUUAAAGCAGCAAGGGGUAAUGCUGUCUGGUGUGUGUGUGUGUGUGUGUGUGGGGAGCGUGCAGCUCUGAUGGGGCCGAUAGCAGUCCUGUAAUAAAAGUUUCACAGGAAAAGAGGACACGCCACUGACAGAGUUAGUAAUGAAAGAUCCUGCCUCUGAUUUCUCCCUGAGACGCCAGCCACUGGAAUAUUACAAGUGUCACUUACACCCGGCUUUGGAAAAAGGGAGGGGUGGAGUGAAGAAAGGGGGGAGCAAUGGUGAUAAAGCAUAAUCGUGUGGGAUCUCUGUCUGUCCUUCAAAGGCAGAAAUAUUAGAUCUGUCAUAUUGUGAUGUUGGAUUGGUCAUUUUAAGCUGGCCCCUGCCAGAAGGGUAGGUUAGGGGAGAACUAGUCUUGUAGUGCCAGAGAUCACAUCGUAUUAUCCUAGAACGGCUGGAGUCGAGGCUAGGGGAGACCUGGAAGGGACUGACUAGUUCAGGAACAUUGAUGAUUGGUUUUUGAGUUAAUGGAGGUAGGCUUGGGUGUUCACAUGUUUUCAACUGUGACUGUUUAUAACAUUUAAGUCUACAGCAGUACAAACCAUGACAGUAUGUGGUGGGUUGUUGUUGACUUGGUUGUUGUACGUCACACUUGGUCAAGGUUCCAUCAAGAUUUUAUAAUGCUCUAUGUAGCUGUUAUGUCACAUUUACAGUAUUUUUAGCUCAUAUGUAAUUGUGUAUGCAUUAUUGAAAUAACGUGUAAUGCUACGCUUUUUUGUCAUUUGUUGCUCGCCAUUGUUGUCUACAACCUAGUCACACUAUAAUGUAAUGUUUCCACAGAGUGUUUGGGGCGGCCAUUUUUCUCACGUCCAUACUGAAUAUGUUCAUCCCUUCAGCAGCCAGAAGGCACUACGGCUGUGUCAUGUUAGUCCGCAUCCUGCAAGGCUUGGUGGAGGUGAGUCAUCUUCAGUGUUGCCAGAUUUCAUUGACACUCUCAGGUCGAAUCUAAGCCAAGAUCUUGCCAAAUCUACUAAAUGUAGCCCAAUUGAAGGUGUCAACACUAGUCGUCAUAAUGACUGAUCAUUUGACCAAGCUCAUAUACAGUACAUACGUAUAAAGUACAGGGACACAUGUAUAUCUGUAUGUCUUUCCUCAGGUUGAUUAUUCAGAAUAAUGAUGCCAUGUAACGUUUCUUGUACAGGGUGUUACCUACCCUGCAUGCCAUGGGAUGUGGGCCAAAUGGGCUCCUCCCCUGGAGAGAAGUCGACUUGCCACCACCUCAUUCUGUGGUAAGUGAUAUGAAAAUUGACAAGCUUAAUACAGGUACAAUGUUUGAGUCAAAUAAAGUUAAUCAAAUUUCUUUCCAUUCAAUUGUUUUUCUUCCCAUCCAAUUGAGCUUUAUGAAAUUGUGCUGAUGAUUUUCCACAAUAGCAAAGCUUCCAAGUGAAAAGAUGUGGUAGAAGACAGGAAAACAAAAAUGGAAUUCAUUCAGUAAAUCAAAUGGAUAUUCAAAAAUACCCUGCCUGCCUUUCUGUUGUACCCAUAACCACAGUCAACCCUGUUAGUUUAAAGGCCCAAUGCAUCCAUUUUUAUCUCAAUAUCAAAUCAUUUCUGAGUAACAAGUAAAUACCUUACUGUGAUGGUUUUCAAUUAAAAUGGCAAAAAUAAACCAAAAUAGAUUCUUAGUAAAGAGCAAUUUAUCAAGCAAGAAUUUUGCUAGGACUGUCUGGGAGUGGUCUGAGUGGGGAGGGAAAACUGAAAACUAGCUGUUAUUGGCAGAGAGGUUUGGAACUCUCUUAUUGGUCUAUUAACAAAAAACCUCCAUCCUACCAAAACAGGCUGAAAUUUCAGGCUGUCUUUUCCAGUGGUGUAAAGUACUUAAGUAAAAAUACUUUAAAGUACUACUUAAUUAGUUUUUUGGGGUAUAUGUACUUUACUUUACUAUUUUACUUUUACUUCACUACAUUCCUAAUGAAAAUAAUGUAGUUUUUACUCUAGACAUUUUCCCAGACACCCAAAAGUACUAGUUACAUUUUGAAUGCUUAGGAACACUGUGUGCCUGGCACCUACUACCAUACCCCAUUCAAAGGCACUUAAAUAUUUGUUCUUGCCCAUUCACCCUCUGAAUGGCACACAUGCACAAUCCAUGUCUCAAUUGUCUCAAGACUUAACAAUCCUUCUUUAACAUGUCUCCUCCACUUCAUCUACACCACAGGAGGUUGAUGGCACCUUAAUUGGUUUUCAUGUGUUUGAUGCCAUUCCAUUUACUCCGUUCCAGCCAUUAUAAUGAGCCAUCCUCCCCUCAGCAGCCUCCACUGAUCUACACUGAUAGAAGUGGAUUUAACAAGUGACAUCAAUAAGGGAUCAUAGCUUUCACCUGGAUUCACCUGGUCAGUCUAUGUCAUGGAAAGAGCAUGUUUUGUAUACUCAGUGUAUAUAAAACACAGAAAAUCACAUUUUUGGCUGCACUGGGCCUUUAAAUGAAGCCAUUGACUAGAUAUAUCAUUGUUCCCUGUCUAGAGAUGUUUAGCAUUGUGGUAAAAUGGCUGAAAAUAGGGAUGGGGAAGGUUGUUUUGUUUUGCAGAUGUCGGCUGUUGUUCCCCAUGAAAAUGCAUUAAAACAGCCAUCUUUCACAAUAAACUGGUGCCAUGACAACCAGCGCUUCCAAACCCUCUUGACAUCACAUCUGAAUGAAAGAUUGCCCUCACGCGCUUCACCUGCUCACUCUGAAGGAGGUCCUCUACCAUUCAACCCAAAUGAAGUGUCAUAUUGCCUACUGUCCAAAGGCACACUCAUGCUCCCAGGCCUAUUCAAAUCGAGAGUGUUUAUAAAGCCAUCAGAUAAUAGAACAUCCUCUCCCAAGGACAGUUUCAAUGAGUCCUAAUUCGUUGAGUCCAAUACGGUUGCUGUUGCAUGAUCUUUACGCUUACCAAGAUGAUCUAUGAGACAUGGAAUACUUUUCUACAGUCUUAGAAAAAAAGGUGCUAUCUAUCUAUAACCAAAAAUUGUUAUUUGGCUGUCCUCAUAGGAGGACCCUUUGAAGAACCCCUUUUGGUUCCAGGUAGAACAAUUUUGCUUCUAGAUAGAACCCUUUUGGGUUCCAUGUAGAACCCUUUCCACAGGGUUCUACAUGGAACCCAAAGGAGUUCUACCUGGAACCAAAAAGGGUUCUCCAAUGGGGACAGCCACAUAACACUUUUGGAACCCUUUUUUCUAAGAGUGUAGUCUUGUGUUGAAGAAGAGUUACUGAGAGGCUGCAGACUGAUGAUAAUCUAAUAGUUUGGAUCGUUGUGAUACCUUGGCAUCACUACUUAAUAAUGUUAUUGGGGUUUCCUUUAGAUGGAGCCCCAUUACACACCAGACAGAACAGAACUACAACAGUGGCAUGGUCAUAUUUCCCUUUUCCUUGUUUCCAGGUUCCUAUGCAGGUGCUGUGAUUGCCAUGCCUUUAGCAGGAGUCCUGGUUCAGUUCGUUGGAUGGCCCUCAGUCUUCUAUAUCUAUGGUAAUAUUUAAAAAAUCAAUAUUAAGGCAAAUUGUUCAAUUGAACCCAUGUGAAUUGUAUAGCUGUGAUUUACAAUUCUUUCAUACAGGUAUGCAGAUCAAGGAUUUCAUAAUUAUUGAGUUUGGGUAGGGAAAACCAUUGAAAUGCAUGCACUGAAAUUCAGAUACUCUAAAUGGCUGACACUACCAAAGAUACUGAUCUUUGUAAGACAGGGAGAUGUCUAUGAUCUAACUAGCGAUAGGGGGAAAACUGUGUCUUGAGUUGAUAAAUGUCUAUCCAAUCUGAAAUUACUUACAGUAUAUGACUUCAGAACAGCUUUCACAAGACCAGGCCUAACUAUGAUAAAGUAUGUGGGUGAUUCCCAUUUGAUCAGCAGUCCAUGUAUUACACUAGGUGUCACUUGUGUGACAUGCAACGCACCAUGGUCAUUAUAUCAUCAGUCUUACACCAGUCUCAGGUUGUUCUCUAAUGUUUUGCUUAAUCUGUUUUGUCAAUUUUAUCUGAACUGUUAUUUGAUUAAGAUAUAUUCACAAUGUCAUAAGACUCUUUGUGCCUGCUGCAUUUCAAUAUAACUUCUUUAGCUCUGUUGUGAUCUAAUCACAUGAUUAAUUGACUGAAAUUAAUGUUUUCUUGUCUGGGAUUGCUACCUAAUUAAUCUUUCAUUUUGUUUGAAUAAUGAAAAAUCAUUGAGGUCUAGAAUAGGUCAAGGCCCAGUUCUAAUUAGUUUGCCAUAUCACUUACAUAGAGAUGGAUAGAGGGCACACUUGUCACGAUGCCUGUUUAGCAUGGGCAACACCACUGAAGGCUUUUCUCACUUUAAAGUAGUCAACUGUGUGGGACUUCCUAUGGGUUAAAGGGAUAAUCCACCCCAAACCACUAAUUCCUAUGAUUAACAGUGUUAAAUAACACUAAUAUGUGAAAACAUUUUUUUUGGUGAACAAAUGUUUCAUUGUGUCGUUAUAACAAGGUUGGUAGAAAUAUGUGAAAAUCGUUUUUGGAAAUCUGUUGCAGCUCAAGUCUACUACAAAACCCACAAUGCAAAGCUCUCUCUUUCUCUCUCUGAGCUGGCUAGCUUGCUAGGUAGCUAGCUAGCUAGAAAACAUAGCUACACACAAUAAUACCAAAGUCAUUAUCAGCAUGUGAAGUUGCUAGCUACCUGUAAAAUCAGCUAAACAAACUGCAAUAUCAAUUUAAGAGUCUAUCUCACCGAGUUCAACUUGCAGUUCGUCUCUGCCCAGAGCGAGAGCAGAGUAUGUUUCCUUCCCACAUAGAUACUUUUGAGGAGAUGGGGAAACUCCAUUAGAAUCGUAUUAACACCCAUUGUGUACAUUGCCCAUGCGUCGUCAAUGGGCCGCGCGGUCCAUUCUGGGACAAGGAGAGCUCUCCUUCAAGGAGUGAAUGGGAAUCAAUUGGGUGCUAGCUCAAAAACCGAACAUUAGCAUGAAUUUCGUGUACAAGUUUUUCCAAGAUGUGAGAUAAUUAACUUGUUCUCUGUAAUAUCGUAUAGCUUUGGAAUCGUGACAUAACGUACCUUCGAGGAAAAUAGGCAGGUUUCUCGACUCAUAGCCUGACUUUGAGAAGGGAUUGCGUAACGAUUAGUUUAGCAGCCGCGUGACGCAGCAUGACAACAUGAAUGUGAUGGGUUGACAGUCAGUUGGGUGGUAACUUUCUCCAUUCAUUGCCCAACAGGAUUCCUAUCACCUCCUUUCUGUAAAUCUCUGUUUCCCACAGACAGCAUACAGUGCUUGAAGGAGAAACGGAGUUAAAUAAUUUGGUACACUGUUUAGAUUGAGCACAUCUAUGUGAAAUAUAUGCAUUGUCAUGACUAUAUAAACGGAUGGAUGUGUUCUAGACUAGUAUGCCCAUACCAUCUAUUGGCUAAUUUGGUGAUAUGGAGUGCAGGUAAUUGUUAAAAGCGUUAUGAAAUGUGAUAGUGUGUUAUCCCCUAUCUCCAGUGACGAGAAUUAUGUAACUAUGACGUGUUCCUACACGAUUUCCAGAUUUUUACAGAUGGACAAUUUAGAAGUUAAAUAAUGUGGAAUUGUUUUAUUUUACCCACUGAUAGAACAUAGGCUUUCACCAAAUUGAUAUGACUUUCAUGAUUUCUAUUUCUGGGGGUGGAUAAUUCCUUUAAGGAGGGAUCGUAGAAUUCCAUUCAGGUCAGCAGGAGAGAGGAGCCAAUGAAUGAGGUGUUCCGUCUUUCCAUCUCUAUGAUCUCUUACAAAUCCUGCACACAGAUUAAGCUUAAUCCUGGAAUAAAAAGCAUUUUCAAUUCAAAUUCUCCAUAGAUUUUGCUUUUUAGUCCAGGACUAUGCUUAAUCUGUGUCCAGGAAACCGCCCAUAAAUGCUUAACACUUACAAUAUGAAAAAUAAUCUGGAAGUCUGUUAAAAACAGACUCUUUUGUUAGAUCCAUAUGAUGAUAUGGGCAUUACUGAUAACCUGUAUUUUUUAUUUCUGUGCAUUCAGGUGUAUUUGGGAUUAUAUGGUACAUCUUCUGGCUCCUCCUUGCCUAUGGGAGCCCAGCCGCCCACCCCACUAUAAGUGACGAGGAGAGGAUCUACAUAGAGACCACUAUUGGCGAGGGUGUCAAAAUAUUGAGCGCCACUGAGGUAUGCCUCUGCUCACUCUGGCUGCGGUCAGAUGCAUUAGUGUAGAGUAUCAUACACUGAAAGAUAUAAACGCAACAUGUAAAGUGUUGGUCCCAUGUUUCAUAAGCUGAAAUAAAAGAUCCCAGAAAUGUUCCAUACGCACAAAAAGCUUAUUUAUCUCAAAUCUUUGCACAUAUUUGUUUACAUCCCUGUUAGUGAGCAUUUCUCAUUUGCCAAGAUAAUCCAGCCACCUGACAGGUGUGGCCUAUCAAGAAGCUGAUUAAACAGCAUGAUCAUUACACAGGUGCACCUUGUGCUGGGGACAAUAAAAGGCCACUCUACAAUGUGCAGUUUUGUCACACAACACAACGCCACAGAUGUCUCAAGUUUUGAGGGAGCGUGCAAUUGGCAUUUGGCAUCAGAGCUGUUGCCAGAUAAUUGAAUGUAAAUUUUUUUACCCUAAGAUGCCUCCAACAUCGUUUUAGAGAAUUUGGCAGUACAUCCAACCGGCCUCACAACCGCAGAUCAAGUGUAUGGCUCCCGAGUGGCGCAGCGGGCUAAGGCACUGCAUCUCAGUGCUUGAGGCGUCACUACAGACCCCCUGGUUCGAUUCCAGGCUGUAUCACAACCGGCUGGGAUUGGGAGUCCCAUAGGGCGGCGCACAAUUGGCCCAGCGUCGUCCGGGUUUGGCCGGUGUAGCCGUCAUUGUAAAUAAGAAUUUGUUCUUAACUGACUUGCCUAGUUAAAUAAAGGUAAAAUAAAAAAAUAAAAAUGAAUGUGGACGAGCGGUCUGUCAAUGUUGUGAACAGAGUGCCCCAUGGUAACGGUGGGGUUAUGGUAUGGGCAGGCAUAAGCUAUGGACAACGAACACAAUUGCAUUUUAGCGAUGGCAAUUUGAAUGCACAGAGAUACAGUGACGAGAACAUGAGGCCCAUUGUCGUGCCAUUCACCUCAUGUUUCAGCAUGAUAAUGCAAUGCCCCAUUUUGCAAGGAUCUGUACACAAUUCCUGGAAGCUGAAAAUGUCCCAGUUCUUCCAUGGCCUGCAUACUCACCGGACAUUUCACCCAUUGAGCAUGUUUGGGAUGCUCUGGAUUGAGGUGUACAACAGCGUGUUCCAGUUUCCGCCAAUAUCCAGAAACUUCGCACAGCCAUUGAAGAGGAGUGGGACAACAUUCCACAGGCCACAAUCAACAGCCUGAUAAAUUCUAUGAGAAGGAGAUGUGUCGCGCUGCAUGAGGCAAAUGGUGGUCACACAAGGUACUGACUGGUUUUCUGACCCACGCCCAUACCUUUUUUUUAGGUAUCUGUGACAAACAGAUAAUGUACAGUACCAGUCAAAAGUAUAGACACACCUACUCAUUCAAGGGUUUGUCUUUAUUUUAUACUAUUUUCUACAUUGUAGAAUAAUAGUGAAGACAUCAAAACUAUGAAAUAACACAUAUGGAAUCAUGUAGUUACCAAAAAAGUGUUAAACAAAUGAAAAUAUAUUUCAUAUUUGAGAUUCUUCAAAUAGCCACCCUUUGCCUUGAUGACAGCUUUGCACACUCUUGGCAUUCUCUCAACCAGCUUCACCUGGAAUACUUUUCCAACAGUCUUGAAGGAGUUCCCACAUAUGCUGAGCACUUGUUGGCUGCUUUUCCUUCACUCUGCCGUCCGACUCAUCCCAAACCAUCUCAAUUGGGUUGAGGUCUGGGAAUUGUGGAGGCAAGGUCAUCUGAUGCAGCACUCCAUCACUCUCCUUCUUGGUAAAAUAGCCCUUACACAGCCUGGAGGUGUGUUGGGUCAUUGUCCUGUUGAAAAACAAAUGAUGGUCCCACUAAGCCCAAACCAGAUGUGAUGGCGUAUCGCUGCAGAAUGCUGUGGUAGCCAUACUGGUUAAGUGUGCCUUGAAUUCUAAAUAAAUCACAGACAGUGUCACCAGGAAAGCACCUCCACACCAUAACACCUCCUCCUCCAUGCUUUACGGUGGGAACUACACAUGCGGAGAUGAUCCGUUCACCCACACCGUGUCUCACAAAGACACGGCGGUUGGAACCAAAAAUCUCAAAUUUGGACUCCAGACCAAAGGACAGAUUUCAACCGGUCUAAUGUCCAUUGCUUGGGUUUUUUGGCCCAAGCAGGUCUCUUCUUCUUAUUGGUGUCCUUUAGUAGUGGUUUCUUUGCAGCAAUUCGACCAUGAAGGCCUGAUUCACAUAGUCCCCUCUGAACAGUUGAUGUUGAGAUGUGUCUGUGACUUGAACUCUGUGAAGCAUUUAUUUGGGCUGCAAUUUCUGAGGCUGGUAACUCUAAUGAACUUAUCCUCUGCAGCAGAGGUAAAUCUGGGUCUUCCAUUCCUGUGGUGGUCCUCAUGAGAGCCCGUUUCAUCAUAGCGCUUGAUGGUUUUUGCGACUGCACUUGAAGAGUUCUUGAAAUGUUCCGUAUUGACUGACCUUCAUGUCUUAAAGUAAUGAUGUACUGUCAUUUCUCUUUGCUUAUUUGAGCUGUUCAUGCCAUUAUAUGGACUUGGUCUUUUACCAAACAGGGCUAUCUUCUGUAUACCACCCCUACAUUGUCACAACACAACUGACUGGCUCAAACGCAUUAAGAAAUUCCACAAAUUUACUUUUAAGAAGGCACACCUGUUAAUUGAAAUGCGUUCCAGGUGACUAUCUCAUGAAGCUGGUUGAGAGAAUGCCAAGAGUGUGUAAAGCUGUCAUCAAGGCAAAGGGUGGCUAUUUGAAGAAUCUCAAAUAUAAAAUAUAUUUUGAUUUGUUUAACACUUUUUUGGUUACUACAUGUGUUAUUUCAUAGUUUUGAUGUCAUCACUAUUAUUCUACAAUGGAAAAAAUAGUAAAAAUAAAGAAAAACCCUUGAAUGAGUAGGUGUGUCCAAACUUUGACUGGUAGUGUACAUAUCUGUAUUCCCAGUCAUGUGAAAUCCAUAGAUUAGGGCCUAAUGAAUUUAUUUAAAUUGACUGAUUUCCUUAUAUGAACUGUAACUCAGUAACAUCUUUGAAAUUGUUGCAUGUUGCGUUUAUAUUUUUGUUCAGUAUAGAUACAAGAUUUAUGUUAUUUCAAAUAUCCUGUUCUUGUAAGUACUGUACUUAUAGAAGUUUUAUGACACCCAUUUAAGAUGUUAUCAAGCUUGACAAAUGAAAACAUAACUGGAGACAUAAGCCAGUUUAACAACAGUAGGCUACCUAUUUGAGUGCAGUUGACCCUUGAAAUUGAUGACAAGCUUGACAAUUGAAAACAUAACCUAGGUUGACCCAUGAAAUUGAGCCAUGAGAUCAGGUCCCCCUUUCUGGCCCACCACAGAAAUUCAAGACUCCAUGGCGCCGUUUCUUCACCUCCAUGCCUGUCUAUGCCAUCAUCGUGGCUAACUUCUGCCGUAGCUGGACCUUCUAUCUGCUCCUCAUCAGCCAGCCAGCCUACUUUGAGGAGGUGUUCGGCUUCUCCAUCGGCAAGGUUGGUCUCACAGUCACCCUGUGUGGUGUAGCUCUAAGAAGUCUCUAUGCAAUUUGUUAUCCACGAAAAAUGGGACAACAAUCAGGGGCGGAUUGGACAUAUGGCAAUUCUGGCAAAUGCCAGAUGGGCUGGAUCAUGGGCUGGUCGAAAUUGACACACAUACAAAAAAAUGUUUUAUAUAAAAAUAAAACAAUGAAAAGGGUGACAUGACCAGCGGUCCAUGGGCCAGUUAAGAUUAUUUUUUUUGCGCAAUUUCUCUGUUAAACUAAUCUAUAAUGAGCCUUUGGCUUAUCAGUGGGCAACGGAUGGUUUUCUGAUAGGCUGAGCUGAGGUCAUGCAAACUCACAUUCAAAGUCAAACGCGGCAUCAGCAAAGAGACCUGCUCCGACUCUGUCAUCAGUUAGACAGCCAAGAUCAUGGAUCGUAAAUAACAGAAAAGGUGCCUUUAAACGUUGAAAGAGCGCAGCAAAUGGGACAACAUAUUGUACACAAUACUGAGCAGUACAAGUGGAAUAAAUUAUCAUAAGACUCAAAUGGAUCAUAGAUUAUGUCUUACAUGAAAGAAAGUACAGUAUGUUAGAGAAAUGUUUGGCAUGAUACUGAAAAUAAUAUGAAUAAGGAGUGCACAUUUUGGUUUUAGCGUUAGCGCUACACAGCCGAUUUAAAAUAAUCAACUCAUCCUCUAACCUGAUGCUCUUACCAUCAUUUAUGGGUGUUGUCUUGUUCCUCCUCACAGGUGGGGCUCCUGUCUGCUGUGCCUCACAUGGUGAUGACCAUCGUAGUGCCCAUUGGUGGCCAGCUGGCCGACUUCCUACGCAGUCGUAAAAUCAUGUCAACUACAAACGUCCGGAAAAUCAUGAACUGCGGAGGUAUAGUACCCAGGACAGAACGACUUCAUUUCCCUUACAUUGUACCUAUUAUGAUUUUCUCUUAGGUAGGGAAUAAAACUAGCACUGAUACCAUGAGACUCCAUAAUUUAUUAUAACAAUUAUGGCAUUUCCUUCUACUAAUGUUGACAUUUUAAAAACAUUUGUGGAAUAUUAUCACGCUGACUUUAGCUGAAAACAAAAUUGAGACUUCCUUGGAACGUUACCUAAAGUUGUAGGAAUGUUUUCUGUUUGCCAGCUAUGGUACUGUAUCAGGUCUGAUAAAGCUAGUAAAGCAUUGCAUCCCAAUCAGGAUUUGGUAAGGUGGCCUUUGACCUUUGUGUGCCCUGUGACCCAUGCAGGUUUUGGAAUGGAGGCAACACUGCUGCUGGUGGUGGGGUUCAGUCACACACGUGGCGUUGCCAUCUCCUUCCUGGUGCUAGCUGUCGGCUUCAGUGGCUUUGCCAUCUCAGGUAUAAAGCUUCAGUUCAGCACCAUUUUAGAUGUAUUUAUAAUGUAUAAAAGCCAUAUUCAGUCAAAUCAAGUUACAAACAUCAUUAUUUGUGUGUUUCUGAGCUCAUGAAUAAAUGUUGAGUGUGGGGUUUUAUCCUUCUCUUACUGCUGUGUGUUUGAUGAGCCUCAGUUCGAUGAGUUGUAUGAAGUUUUCUAUCUGUUGUAGUUUACCUUCUUUACCUUCUGCUGUGAGCAAUUUCUCUAUUGCAUACUAGUUUGGCAAAAAGCAGCUGAAAGCACAUUGUAGUAAUUAAUUUAUAUACCCUACCCCUUAGGGUCCGAUUCAGUAUGAGAUGCAGUAUGCAUUCAAUACUCUGUCUGCUGUACCUUCACUGAGGCACUUUCCCUGAAUAUUUCAUAGACUGUCAGCAGGGCAAGUAAGAGUAAGACAGAUAUUUAGGGUUUUCCUCCUGACUUUGUGCAUUACAUUACUAUUUGGCUAAAUGGUUAUUUAUUAAUUCAAAUUGACAUUUUAAAAACAACAUUUCUAAGAGACAGCAUCAAUAGUGUGUGCUAAUAAUAAAUAAUACACGUGAUUUAGACAGCACUUUUCAAUUACCCAAAUAUGCUUCUACAGUGGGGUAAACAAUUUAUACUGAUGUACUGUACUUGUUACGGCAUCCCCAGGGUUCAAUGUAAACCACUUGGACAUUGCCCCUCGCUAUGCCAGUAUCCUAAUGGGCAUCUCCAAUGGCGUUGGCACACUGUCUGGAAUGGUGUGCCCCCUUAUCGUUGGAGCACUGACUAAACAUAAGGUAUUGUAACAUUCAACAUUACAGAUAAAUUCUAACAGCUGUCAAUGAGAUGAGCAAAAUUUGCCAGGUUAAGACUUCGGCAUCCAUAUUAGGAAGUCCCUCAGUUGUCAGACAAAACUCCCCCUAAGGGACUUCCUAAUAUGGAUACCGUAUGAUAUACACAAGUAACAUGACUGGUGAACUAGACUAUGACAUACUUAUUUUACAGCAUUGUCACUCAUAUAAAAUGAGUUACAGUAUGUGUGCGAGUUUGGUCACUGACCCAUGUCUGUCCCCCUCCCUGUAGACCCGUCUGGAGUGGCAGAACGUGUUUGUGAUAGCCGCCAUGGUGCACUACACAGGGGUCAUAUUCUAUGCUAUCUUCGCCUCAGGCGACAAGCAGGACUGGGCAGAACAGGAGAGCACCUGCGAUGAUAAGGUCGGUAUCAUCGAUGAGGAUGAGCUGGCCGAAGAGACAGAGCUCAACAGCGAGAUUGCCAUGGCACCCAAGAAAAGCUAUGGAACCACAGAGAAACCAUCGGGUCGCAAACAGGGCUGGAAGAAGAACAGAGGAGUCACCAUGCAGGAGGAUGAGGACGAUGGGAACUUGCACCAUGGGAAUGGGAACUACCAGGAGCAGUAUCAGUGA